AUGCUGUGCUGUGAUCGCUGUACUAGCUUCCAGACAGCCUAUACAACCACUGACACAGCUACAUCCACUGACACAGCCACAGCCACAGCCACUGUGAGUGAUAAACACUGAUGCAGGCAGAGAACUAAAACAAUUUUAUUUAUUUCUCUCUCUCUCUCUCUCUCUCUCUCUCUCUCUCUCUCUCUCAGAUAACAGCCUUUGAUGAGCUGCAGGCAGACUUUAAGGUCCCCAUCGAUCAGGGCAAUCCACUCCAUGCGGUACGUAUGUUUCUCUGCUGUGCUAGUACACUUACAUAUUCCUCAUGUAUUACUGUCAAACAUGCUCUCUCACUCCAGUAGUAUGUUCAUUGUGGCGAAUGUGUCUGGAACAUGUGAGCGUGUGGUGACUGUAGGAUGUGCUCGUGGUGAAUUAGUGUAUGAUGUGUCAUGAGUGUGGUAUCUGGAAUAUGCAUGUGUAACCAGUGUGUUUAGAGCAUGUGAGUGUGUGUGCUGAUUGUUUUGGGCAUAUAUGUGGUGAGUGUGUGUCGGCGUGCCUGAUGCGUGUUGCUCUGCGUGUGUCUGUGUGUGUGUGUGUGUGUGGGGGAAGGGCUUGGCAGAGGUGUGUAAUCAGUACCAGGGGCCGCAGCCAGUAGUGGUGUCCAGCUUGCUGCUCCAGAAGAUCUCCCUCAGUCAUCUGCAUCUCUGCAUUAAUAAUACAGGAACCUGCUGGCUGCAUGCUGUUCACUUCCUCCUUUCCUCCUCCUCUGGACUUGGACUGAGUGACUAACAGGCAUCUCACAUCACAGGUUUAAAGGCCACAAAACCCUGACUAUGUCUGAAAUAUAGUGCACUACUUUUGACCAGGGCCCACAUACUGUGUAGUGCCAUUUCAGGUGCACACUCUGUAUCAAUUAUGUCCCAUUCAUCAGAGAAGAGAUGGGACAGUGAGGUUGAUAAAGGACAGGUUCCGCUCCUUGAAUGCCCUCUGGGGUUUCUCGGUUUUUAUUCCCUCUGGGGUUUCUCGGUUUUUAUUCCCUCUGGGGUUUCUCGGUUUUUAUUCCCUCUGGGAUUUCUCGGUUUUUAUUCCCUCUGACUCCUUAAUAGAGGAUAAUGAUUUGAGCAGUUUAGGUAUGAUGUCCCUGGGACAACAUAGUUUAGAGGUGACUUUGACUGUACUGUGGCAGCACUUGAAUGUUGACAGCUGUUUGUCCUUUGGGAUGACUAGAGAGAAAAGGUGGAUGGAGAGGCAGCGUAUUCGAGGAACAGGAUUGCUGAGCAGUUUCAAAUGCAAAUGGAUUAAUUACUUUUUUCAAAGUCAUUGUCGUAGCUUUGAAAAUGAUCUCAAAGUACAGCGACACUUAUUUUUUGUUGGCAUUUGCUUUGCAUGUAAUUAUGAACAGCACCUGGAUACUAAACUUGAUGCUAAUCCAUCUGAUCUCAGAGAGAGAGAGAAAGAGGCUGAAUGUUCAGUCUUUGCCACUUAAACAAAAGGUGUCGUUAUCACUGUGCAGCUUUUUUUUCCAAAGCCAUUUUAGGUGUCACACUAGCUGUUCAGUAAAAACAGAUUCCCAAAUCAUGAGAAUUUGUCAGGCUAUGCAGACGUUGCCUCCCUCCGAGGCACAUGUUGCUAGGCAACCCCCUUGGACUUGCCCAGGCAGGCUCUGGCUCAAGCCAGUUUGAAAGACUUGCUAGCAAACAUUUGUGCUAUGAAACUAAAUAAAUACUGCGCUCUGACCACAAAACUGAAUUUGCUAGAUUCAUUCAUAGUGUUUUUAUUAAAGCAAUGAAAGUGAACUUUAAAACGUGGUGUAGUUUUAUUGAGAUUUGCAGCUGUUGUUGGUAAGAAGUGAAUCUUCUAGCUUCUGAUAUUACUUACUCAACCUUUAAAUACUUUGAAAUAAAAAUGUAUUUAGUAAAAUCCACUGCACUACUUUAUAGUCUCUCACUCCCCAUGGCCUCCAUCCUCUAUCUGUCCCUUCCACUGUGACAUGGAUACCACCCUCCCUUUUUCUCUCCCUCCAUCUCUCUUCUUCCCACCCUCUCUCCCUCCCUCUCUCCACCUCGACCACCUCAUGAGUCCUGAUUGGAGAUUGAUGGCUUCCUUCCUGGGCACCACCCUGCUCCCCUGCCACCCUUGCCACCUCUGCCACCAGAGGUGUCAUGCCCACAGGGAGCACAGGGGCAUGUGCCCCCUCAGAUUUGUUUUUAAAGAUAAUUGUUUAUCUUUAAAACUACUAGCCAUCUAGCAAUUUUAUGAAGUUGGCUUUAGCUAGCCCAGAUACUGUAGGUUCCCAAUCUCCCAACCUCAUAACUAGCUACCAAGAAGCCAUUUCAGGCUAUCAAUCAAGUUGGAGUAGCUAUCGUAGCUUGCAUGUCUGCUGGCAAGGUUGGCAGACUUUAGAAAAGCAAGCAAUAACUAAAUGUACUGAAUAAGACUCCCAAUCCUCUCAAUCUUUUACCCAGAUUUUAGCAGAGAUGCAGAGAAGCAUAUUUAGUUUAUUUAAUAAAGAACCACCAGUCAGGAGGAUACAGACAGCUCAAGAGGUAUGCUUAGAUAAAUAUAUAUAUACUUGUUUUUUAACAUAGAAUUAAGCAUAAUGAUUAUGGCUCUAGAGUGCAGGAACAAGCUGUUUCAGGUGUUUGAAAAAUGCAAAAUUCUCCACCCCCAGCCAUCCUCACGGACUUUGUGCCCCCUCAGAUUUUUGGAGUGCAUGACACCCCUGUCUGCUACAUCAGCCUCACACCCAGGCAGCAGGCUAAUUAGUGGCUGACUGUCAUCUGCCCCUCCCCGAGGGGGCUCUCUGGGAGUCAGGGCUCACCCUAGAGCAACCGCCGUAGGGAUCCACAGACACACAAACACGCACACAGAAUCCAACAAACACGCACAUAUAGAAUCAAACACGCACACACAAACAUACACACACAGCUGUGAGUCUCUGGUUCUGUGGCUACAGGCACAGAUAUAAAGACAGGGCUUAUUAUCAUAGGGAGGAAUGCCAACACAGAGAACAGUGGGCUGAAAAAAGUAGGUUUAUUCCUAGAAAGUGUGUGUUCGAGAAGGGGGUGGACCUGUGUGUGUGUGUGGUUGUGUGUGUGUGUGUGUGAAUGUGUGUGUGCGUGCGAGCCUGUGUGUGUGUAGUGUAUAAGUCCUCUGGGUCUAUGGGGAGGUACACUCAGGCCCAGAUGUAUUUCAGCACUGCCAAUGUUGUUUAUUUUGAGGAGAUCAGUGCCUAUCUGCCUGUCUCUUCUGAGACUCUCAGAUGACACACCAUUGCAGAGCCUGAUGAGAAUACAUUAUGCUUUAAUACUUUAUUCCCCACAGUGCUUAGGGCCCUGCUUGUCCUUUGUGAUGCUGAUGGCAUCUGUUGCUUCUCCGACUCUGAACUAAGGUUCUAUCAGCUAGGGAUGGCCUGAAGCAAAGAAUAUCAUCUUACUCUUGCAUUAAAAAUCAGCUGAUAAAACAGUGAAUAAAUUAAUGGAAGGAAAGGGAAGGAGUUACCAUAGUUUAAUUAUAUUGCAGAGAGAGGGGUAUUACUUGUGUUAUGAUUUUAUUUCCCUAGACUGAUCAUGGAAUUGCAUACUACCCAUGUGCUCAUACUACUGUAUAGGUUACAUUUUAGUUAGAUCUCUAGUAAAUUAGUACUAUAAGUUCUAUGUCAGUGUACCUCCAAAGGGUGAAUUGGCGAAUUGGCAUAAUACUGGGUCCUGGCUAAAAACAUUGUUGUUGUUGUUGUUACAAGAAUACUCAGAAAGCUUUACAGUAGGCCCAUGUAAUCGGCCAGAUAUCAAACCUGGGAUGACGGCUCACUGGGUAAACCCUAGGUAUUAGCUCUGGGAGCCUGAGAUCUCAGGCAAGGUAAGUCAUAAUAUAAAGCCAGCUUGGAGAACAAUCUGCACUAUACUGACAGUACAUCAGCCUCCACUACUGGAUUGUCACAUUUCUCCUCUCAUUAUGAAAAGUAUUGACGUCAAACGGGAGGACCAAGGACACGGGUGGUUCCUAAUGUUGUGAGAUUCUCGUUAGUGUUGACACAACAACUGGUUCUGAGAGAUUAUGAUCAGGACUUGCAAUUGUAACAGUAAGCAACUGUAACAAUAUGGAUGACUGCAGUGUAGCCGUUAUUUUGAGUACAUAUUCCAAAUCAAAUCCUAAUUUUAUUUGUCACAUGCAUCGAAUACAACAUGUGUAGACUUUACCAUAAAAUGCUUACUUACGAGCCCUUUCCCAACAAUGAAGAGUUAAAAAGUAAGAAAGAUGUGCAAUAAAAAGAAGGAAAUAGUAACACAAUAAAAUAACAAUAACGAGACUAUAUACAAGGAGUACCGGUACCGAAUCAAUGUGCAGGGGUACGAGGUAGUUGAGGUAAUAUGUACAUGUAGGUAGAGGUAAAAGUGACUAGGCAAUCAGGAUAGAUCAUAAACAGAGUAGCAGCAGCAUAUGUGAAGAGUGUGAAAGUGUGUCUAUUUUUGUGUGUGUGUGUGUGUCUGUGUCUGUGUCUCUGUGUGUGUGGACAUGUUUAACUAUUCUUGUGGGGCCCAGAAGUACCCACAAGAAUAUUAAGCAAACAAAAAUGUGAACAACUGGGGACAUUUUGUUAGUCCCCACAAGGUCAAAUGCUAGUUCUAGGGGGUUUAGGGUUAAGUUUAGAAUUAGUGUUAGGGUUAGAAUUAUAAUUUUGUCGUCGAUAUGCAUGUAUGUGUGUGAUUUGUGUGUGUGUGAGUAUGUAGUCUAUGUGUGUGUAUGUGUGUGUUGGAGUGUAAGUGUACAGUGCCUUCAGAAAGUAUUCACACCCUUUGACUUUUCCCACAUUUUGUUGUGUUACAGCCUACAUUUCACAUUGAUUAAAUUGAGAUUUUAUGUCACUGGCCUACACACAAUACCCCAUAAUGUCAAAGUGGAAUUAUGUUUUUAGACAUUUUUACAAAUUAAUUAAAAAUGAAAAACCUGUGUCAAAAAGUAUUCAACCCCUUUGUUUUGGCAAGCCUAAAUAAGUUCAGGAGUAAAAAUGUGCGUAACAAAUCACAUAAUAACUUGCAUGGACUCACUGUGUGCAAUAAUAGUGUUUAACAUAAUUGUUUUACGACUACCUCAUCUCUGGACCCCACACACAAUUAUCUGUAAGGUCCCUCAGUCGAGCAAUGAAUUUCAAACACAGAUUCAACCACAAAGUACAGGGAGGUUUUCCAAUGCCUCACAAAUAAGGGUACCUAUUGGUAGAUGGGUAAAAAAAAAAAGCAGACAUUGAAUAUCCCUUUGAGCAUGGUGAAGUUACUCCACAAUACUAAACUAAAUGACAGAGUGAAAAGAAGGAGGCCUGUACAGAAUAAAAAAUAUUCCAAAACAUGCAUCCUGUUUGCAAUAAGGCACUAAAGUAAAACUGAAAAAUAUGUUGCAAAGAAAUAAACUUUCUCCUCAUAUUUUCAAGCAUGGUGGUGGCUGCAUCAUGUUAUUGGUAUGCUUGUCAUCGGCAAGGACUAGGGAGUUUUUCAGGAACGGAAUAGAGCUAAGGAAAAAUCCUAGAGGAAAACGUGGUUCAGUCUGAUUUCCUACAGACACUGGGAGAUAAAUUCACCUUUCAGUAGGACAAUAACCUAAAACACAAGGCCAAACACUGGAGUUGCUUACCAAACGACAUUGAACGUUCCUGAGUGGCCUAGUUACAGUUUUGACUUAAAUUGGCUUGAGAAUCUAUGGCAAGACUUUAAAAUGUCUGUUUAGCAAUGAUAGAGCUUGAAUAAUUUUUUUAAGAAUAAUGUGCAAAUAUUGUACAAUCCAGGUGUACAAAGCUCUUAUAGACCCAGAAAGACUCACAGUUGUAAUUUCUGCCAAAGGUGAUUCUAACAUGUAUUGACUCAGAGGUGUAUAUACAGUACUUACGUAAAUUAGAUAUUUCUGUAUUUAAUUUCAAUACAUUUGCAAACAUUUCUAAAUACAUGUCAUUAUGGGGUAUUGUGUGUAGAUGGGUGAGAAAAAAUAAACAUUUAAUCCAUUUUGAAUAGUGGCUGUAACACAACACAAUGUGGAAUAAGUCAUAGGGUAUGAAUACUUUCUGAAGGCACUGUAGUAUGUGGGAGUGUGUGGGUAGGUUGCAGUGAGUAUGCAUAGAGCCAGUGCAAAAGGCAUAAGAAUAUGAAAGUGUGUAUUCUUAUUUUACAUUUAUGUAGUUCUGUACCUGUCUAUUAAUGUUAUGUAUUAUGUCAUUGUAUGUGGUUCUGUCCUUUAGCUGUAAUUGUCUAUUCAUGUGUUGUAUUUUGUCAUGUUUUAUGUUUUGUGUGGACCCCAGGCAGAGUAGCUGCAGCUUUGGCUGUAGCUAAUGGGGAUCCUAAUAAAAUAUUAUCUCCAGAAAGUGAACUAGUAAUUAGCCCAUAUUCAUUCACUCCUCCGACAAACCACUGUGUGUACUGUGUACUCUACACAGUGAAGGUAUACACUCCAGAGAAGGCCUUCUCACCCGUCAAACACUCCUCUUCUUCUCUCAACAGUUCCUUGACCUCUCCAGCUCUCCUCUCUAUUCUCAGCCUGAGCCUCAGUUUACUUUUGUGUACAGUGCUUUGCAAAAGUAUUCAUCCCCCUUGGCAUUUUCCUAUUUUGUUGCAUUACAACCUGUAAUUUAAAUGGAUUUUUAUUUGGAUUUCAUGUAAUGGACAUACACAAAAUAGUCCAAAUUGGUGAAGUGAAAUGAAUAAAAUUACUUAUUUCAAAUAAUUCUAAAAAAUAAAAACGGAAAAGGGGUGCGUGCAUAUGUAUUCACCCCCUUUGCUAUGAAGCCCCUAAAUAAGAUCUGGUGCAACCAAUUACCUUCAGAAGUCACAUAAUUAGUUAAAUAAAGUCCACCUGUGUGCAAUCUAAGUGUCAAAUGAUCUGUCACAUGAUCUCAGUAAUAUACACCUGUUCUGAAAGGCCCCAGAGUCUGCAACACCACUAAGCAAGGGGCACCACCCAAACUCAAGGACCAGGCAAGGAGGGCAUUAAUCAGAGAGGCAAAAAAGAGACCAAAGAUAACCCUGAAGGAGCUGCAAAGCUCCACAUCGGAGUUUGGAGUAUCUGUCCAUAGGACCACUUUAAGCCGUACACUCCACAGAGCUGGGCUUUACGGAAGAGUGGCCAGAAAAAAGCCAUUGCUUAAAGAAAAAAAUAAACAAACACGUUUGGUGUUCGCCAAAAGCCAUUUGGGAGACUCCCCAAACAUAUGGAAGAAGGUACUCUGUUCAGAUGAGACUAAAAUUGAGCUUUUUGGCCAUCAAGGAAAACGCUAUGUCUGGUGCAAACCCAACACCUCUCAUCACCCCGGGAACACCAUCCCAUGGGGGUGGCAGCAUCAUGCUGUGGGGAUGUUUUUCAUCUGCAGGGACUGGGAAACUGCUCAGAAUUGAAGGAAUGAUGGAUGGUGCUAAAUACAGGGAAAUCCUUGAGGGAAACCUGUUUCAGUCUUCCAGAGAUUUGAGACUGGGACGGAGGUUCACCUUGCAGCAGGACAAUGACCCUAAGCAUACUGCUAAAGCAACACUCGAGUGGUUUAAGGGGAAACAUUUAAAUGUCUUGGAAUGGCCUAGUCAAAGCCCAGACCUCAAUCCAAUUGAGAAUCUGUGGUAUGACUUAAAGAUUGCUGUACACCAGCGGAACCCAUCCAACUUGAAGGAGCUGGAGCAGUAAUGCCUUGAAGAAUGGGCAAAAAUCCCAGUGGCUAGAUGUGCCAAGCUUAUAGAGACAUACACCAAGAGACUUGCAGCUGUAAUUUCUGCAAAAGGUGGCUCUACAAAGUAUUGACUUUGGGGGGGGUGAAUAGUUAUGCAUGCUCAAGUUUUCUGUUUUUUUGUCUUAAUUCUUGUUUGUUUCACAAAAAACAAAAACAUUUUGCAUCUUCAAAGUGGUAGGCAUGUUGUGUAAAUCAAAUGAAACAAUCCCCCCAAAAAUCCAUUUUAAUUACAAGUUGUAAGGCAACAAAAUAGGAAAAAUGCCAAGGGGGGGUGAAUACUUUCGCAAGCCACUGUAUAUUAUUUACAGUACCCCAGCACACUUGCUUGUCAAGCAAAUUCUCACUGAGUAACAUUUCAAAGCGAGCCCUGUCUAAUUGCUUGCUAAUGAGAAGUGUUGAUACGUCGGCAGUUAUCUGGCGUCUCCAUGGCUACCACUGGAAUAUAUUAGCAUGGCCUCGUUCAUACUCCUCAAGAUGAGAGAGGAGAGGAAAACGUGUAGAGGCAAAUUCAGUUUCGUCCAAAUUAGGUGCUGCAGUCCCAAAAUAGGGCUAAUUUAUGGUAACUUGUCAUAGAUGUUGUGGUUUCUUAUGUUGAUGUACUGCAGUGGGUCGUGAGAGGACAUGGGGAGGAGGACGCGACGCAAAAUGUGCUUGGACAUGAAUAUUCUGCAGAUUUGAGUUCAUGUAUGUAUAUGAGACUAUCUGCAGCUCAAUUUCACGUCUCCUCAACCCCAACCUCUUUCCUACCUCUACUCCUAAUAUAAUAGCAAAUUUCCCUCAGUGGCAGGGGACUUAAUUAAAGUGAAACUUUCAAGUGCAUUUAAAACAUGUCAAUACACUUUGCACUUUUAAAAUAGAAAAACAGUACAGUAAAAGGAGGUAUUUUCCACCGUCUUUACCCAGAACAAUUCAAAGCAGACUGAUGUGUAGAUUAUGUGUUGUAUCAGAUUUUGAGAUGAGAGAUAAAAACGGCAAAGAAAAACUAUCUGAUGCUCAAAUGGAGAUUAGCCACCAGACUGCACAUUUCCACCACAGAGCCUGUAGAACCGUUACAAUGGUCUUAGUUCCAAAGUACGCUAGACUGGCUUUCUACAGUAGUGUUACCUCAGAUUACAUUAUUUAGAGGCGUACAGGCGACUCCAUGAUUAAUUAUACAUCCCAUCAGAGGAAGUUCUUCUGUAGUGUUUUUUUCUCUCCAAAAUACUAAUCAAAUAUGUAUGUUUAGUCUUGAUGAAUGCAGCUUUUGGGAAAUAACAUUCAACCCCCCCUCCCUGUUUUAGGGUACUUUUCACUAGCACUCUGCAGAGUAAGAUAAGCCUGUUUGGGUGUCAUUCAUAUAUAAUUUAUCCUCAAGAUAGCACAUCAGUCCAAGUACGACAAUUUCGCACAUCAAUCAAGUCAAUUUGGUCUGAUAGAGACACGUAUACAGACUGUGACUCUCAGGGCGAGGUAUCCAUCCACAACAGGCAUAGAAACAAGCACUGCCCAAGAUAGGGAACGUUUCUAUGUAAUCGCCAUAUGCCAUGCUGCUCACAUGCGCCAUUCAAGAAAUGGUGUCCGCCUCCUCACCUCGCCUGGCAUUGGUUUUUCUAAAUAUGGCUCUUGAUGUCCUCGCCAGUUUCUGGUUACACUGUAAUUCUGCAGAGAGAGGAGUGCUGGGCCAAGAAGUGGGGGGUAGACAAGUGCUAUAGGCAGUGCUGGGUUGACUCCACAAAGCCCCAUCACCACACACAGACAGACACAGGCAGAGGAAGAUGCAGAGUCUGCUUAUAGCUCAGCAGAGGUGGGAAGGAAGGAACCAGUAUCAUCCAUGUCUCACUGUCGGCCUACACAGUGCAAAUCCAGCUUCACAGGCCAGUGGCAUCAUGCUACCCAAAACACUCCUGUAUACCUUACACACUCCUGAAACAUUCCUGUUUCUCCACAGCUUGUUACAAGUGUACUACGGGCCUUAGUGACUAGACAGUUGUACUUACUACUAGUCACUAAGGCUUGUAAAAUACCCCUAUUUGUGGACUGCUGCACCUCAUCAGAAAAACUGUUGUGUUUCCAUAUGUAUAUUUAAUGCAGGGGAUGUAACUGUUUCCUGUUUGGCUCCAACAGAGAGAGCGACUCCGGAACAUUGAGAGGAUUUGCUGCCUGCUGAGAAAGGUAAAUAGCCACUGAACACUGUCCUAUUUAAAACAUUUCCUUUAUUACUCAUUUGCAUAUGUCAUUUAGCCUAUAUUUUAAAGCCAGCAAAUGAUCACAAUCUUCUAUAUAUAGACUGGUGGCCCGCUAGUUUGUGAGAGUUAGAAUAGUAGAAUACACCAGGUGCAAUUUUGAAAUGUGGUUGUGCAUCAGCAGUCCUGUUAUGUCAGUCACUGACAGUCACUCAAUUAGCCCAUGUCAGCAAAAUUGUUUUAGAUUGGUAAGUUAGUCUAGCUAGCUAUUUAAACUUGUAGUUAUCAUGGUCAAAUUACCGACCAGGGGGCCCCACAUUGAUUUUGUUAGUCACUCUCACUCAGAUAUCAUAUAAAAAAACAUUUAUCUCAUUCUAAAACUAACUGGAGCUCUAUGUUAAGGGUGUCAGUUAUUUAUUUUACUGUCGUAGCCGACGGGUAUACUGUUGAGUCGUCAGCAUACAUAGACACACAGGCUUUAUUCAAGGUAAGUGGAAGGUCAUUAGUAAAAACAGAAAACAUUAAUGGCCCAAGCCAGCUGCCCUGCGAUACACCACACUCAACCGAAUUUGCAUUAGAGAGGCUUCCAUUAAAGAAAACCCUCUGUUCUAUUUAGGGUGACCACUUAUCCUGAAUUGUGCGGGACAGUCCCGCACUUUGGCCCAUUGUCCCCUGUCCCGCAAACAAACAAUCAUGUCCCACAUUUCUAUCAACAAAUUCAAACACCACUAAUUUAGAAAAAAAAGGUUGAUUUGUCCCGUAUUUCAGUCAGACAUUCCAACCUGUCUCUUGAGGUCACGUUGCACUUAUGAAAAGAUAUACACUAUAUACAGUAUACAUAAAUAUGUGGACAACCCUUCAAAUUAGUGGAUUCGGCUAUUUCAGCAACACCCGUUGCUGACAGGUGUAUAAAAUUGAGCACACAGCCAUGCAAUCUCCAUAGAAAAACAUUGGCAGUAGAAUGGCCUUACUGAAGAGCUCAGUGACUUUCAAUGUUGCACCGUCAUAGGAUGCCACCUUUCCAACAAGUCAAAAAUAAUCGUCUGUCCUCGGUUGCAACACUCACUACCGAGGUCCAAACUGCCUCUGGAAGCAACGUCAGCAUAAGAACUGUCUGUUGAGAGCUUCAUGAAAAGGGUUUCUAUGGCCGAGCAGCCGCAUACAAGCCUAACAUCACCAUGCGCAAUGUCAAGCGUCGGCUGGAGUGUUGUAAAGCUCGCCGCCAUUGGACUCUGGAGCAGUGGGAACGCGUUCUCUGGAGUGAUGAAUCAUGCUUCACCAUCUGGCAGUCCGACAGACAUAUCUGGGAUUGGCGGGUGCCAGGAGCUACUGCUCGAAUGCCCAGUGCCAACUGUAAAGUUUGGUGGAGGAGGAAUAAUUGUCUGGGGCUGUUUUUCAUAGUUCGGCCUAGGCCCCUUAGUUCCAGUGAAGGGAAAUCUUAAUGAUACAGCAUAAAAUGACAUUCUAGACGAUUCUGUGCUUCCAACUUUGUGGCAACAGUUUGGGGAAGGCCGUUUCCUGUUUCAGCAUGACAAUGCCCCUAUGCACAAAGCGAGGUCUAAACAGAAAUGGCUUGUCGAGAUCGGUGUGGAAGAACUUGACUGGCCUGCACAGAGCCCUGACCUCAACCCCAUCGAACACCUUUGAGAUGAAUUGGAACGCCGACUGUGAGCCAGGCCUAAUCAUCCAACAUCAGUGCCCGACCUCACUAAUGCUCAUGUGGCUGAAUGGAAGCAAGUCCCCGCAGCAAUGUUCCAACAUCUAGUGGAAAGCCUUCCCAGAAGUGUGGAGGCUGUUAUAGCAGCAAAGGGGGGUAAUUAAGGUAAUUUCGUCAUACUUGUGAGGCUCUCCAUGCUCAUUAGUUUCUCAUUCAACAUAUUUGCUGCUACUUCACUCAAUCUCAAUCCCGCUUGAAAAGCCUCCCUUCCUAACUGUUUUACUAAAACCAACCAGAAAUGUUUCCUUGGCCAAAUAUUCCCAGAUUUUCAUAAAACGGCCACACAUGUGGUCUCUCGUUUCUGCAUCACCAAGUUUUGCGCAAGGCAAGAAUUAGAGUAGUAUAGUUGCGCCUAGGGCUCUGCAGUGCGGGUGUAGUGCAGCACUUCUCUCAAUGGUGCUCGUUCAGUAAAGUUAGAUCAAAGCUAAAUCAAGGUCUUGGAAGAUCACAUAAUGAUUCAUUAGUAUUCUACAUAACAUAGCCAAUUAUAUUAGCUUAGUAUAAUGUUGCUGUUACAUCAAAAACACCACCUAAUUUCUUAUGAGAUUUUAGGAUGGUUAGCUGAAUAGUCCCCCAAAAAAUCUCACACAGCCAAAUUCUCAAAACAGUGCGCCACUAGGCAGAAUAUGCUUUGAUUGAAACAAAACACAGGAAGGCUCUAUAGUUUGUUAACACCAUCUGCUCUAAUUUGCUCACGAAACAGUAAUUCAAGAAGAUGUAAAUGCAUAUUCCCAUGAAACUGAUUGAUAUCAAAUUAUUGGCAUGCAGACACAGUUUGGACAUUUUCACUGGGCUAAAAUGUGAAGAAUUGUCAUUCAGGAUUUACAGUGAUGAUGCUAUGGCCUAUUUUGAAAUGGUGUUUGAGGGUAUUAAAAAUAGAAACAUUUCUUGAGACAAUAUGUGUGGGCAUAGGAAGACGUUGCAAUUGGAGGAUGCAUUUUAUGCAUAUUUUAUCAUGAUAUUCAAUAGGGUACAUCUGUCGGUACAAACUUUGAGAAAUUAUGAAAUAAUUUACAUUUUGAUUGCUCUCCGGCACUUAACAAAUUUGCACUACACCAUGAGCGGGAUUUGUGUGUGUCCCACGAAUGUCCAGCAAAACCAUCCUGUUGUCCCACAUUUGGGUAUUUUAAUGUGGUCACUCUAGUUCUAUUAGAUAGGUAACUCUCAAUCCAUGAAAAGGAAGAGGAUGUAAAUCCAUAACACCUAUGUUUUUUCAGCAAUAGGUUAUGCUCAAUGAUAUCAAAAGCUGCAUUGAAGUCUAACAAAACAGCUCCCACAAUCUUCUUGUUAUCAAUUUCUUUCAGCCAAACAUCAGUCAUUUGUGUCAGUGCUGAGCAUGUUGAGUGUUCUUCCCUAUAAGUAUGUUGAAAGUCCAUUGCCAAUUUGUUUUCUGUAAAAUAACAUUGUAUUUGGUCAAACACUGUUUUUUCCAAACGUUUGCUAAGUGCAGGUAACAGGUUGAUUGGUCGCCUGUUUAAUGGUUUAAAGGGUGCUUUGCUAUUCUUAGGCAGCGGAAUGACCUUUGCCUCCCUCCAGGCCUGAGAGAACACACCGUCUUCUAGGAUUAAAUUGAAGAUGUGGAAAACAGGAGUCGCAAUGUAUUCUGCUUCCAACCUCAGGAAUUUACCACCCAGGUUGUCAGUUUGAUUUAUAGAUAGCAACAAAAAAAAUCUCCUCUUUCACUCCAACUUUGCGGAACUCAAAGCUACAGUGCUUCUCUUUCAUUAUUUGGUCCGAUAUGCAUGAAUAUGAAGGCUCAGCAUUUGUUGUUUGCAUGUCAUGCCUAAGUUUGCUAAUCUUAUCAACAAAAAAGUUAUAAAAGUGGUUGGCAAUAAUUAAAGGGUUUUGUUAAGAACAAGCCAUCUGCCACAAUGAAGGAUGGAGCUGAGUUCACUUUUUUGCCUAGAAUUUCUUUUAAGGUACUAAUUUAUCUUUGUUCCAUAAUAUAGUUUCUUCUUCUUUUUGUUUAGUUUAGUUAUGUGAUUUCUCAAUUUACUGUAUGUUUGCCAAUCUGCUGUGUUCUCAGACUUAUUUGCUAUUCCCUCAUCCUUCUCAGCCAUACAGUUUUCCAAUUCAUCAUCUAUCCAUGAGGAUUUGGUAGUUCUAACAGUCAGUUUCUUGAUGGGCGUAUGCCUAUCAGUAACCGGAAGAAGUGAUUUCAUAAAUGCUGCAAGUUCGGCAUCGGACCAAAAACUAUUUCUCACAUCUUUGACAUAGGAAUCAUUGCAAAACCUCUUGUAUGAUCGCUUAUACACAAUUUUAGGUCCAGUCUUUGGAACUUUGUUUUUUCUAUAUUAUGAUCACUACAACAAAAUUUCACUUAGGGCUAGGGCCGGCUCUGACUGCAUAUGUGGGUAUAGAUGUGUGUACGCAGACCCGCCAUUGUGCUAACGCUAGUUAGCAUUGGCUCGCGGAACUACCUCUAACUUCCUUCAUAUUGGACGCAGAGACAUACAAAUUGUAUCCAUGAGUUCAUCUGACUCUGGGGAAGUAGAUCAAUUUCCACAAUCUCUCACUUUCCUUUAAAAUUCCUGUUUUGUCAACUGACAUUAUGAAUGAGGAAACUUUACGUUUUUGGUAAGGAUUAAAGCUUGCCCUUGCAUUCAGAAAGCUGUCUUGUCUUUAUAAUAGACUGUGUCUGUCCAAUGUCUGUGGUAUGUGAGCCUGUUACUGUCGGGGACUCUGAGACAAAAGGCUUCUCUCAUCUCAUUCUCAGUAUGACAUCUGUUUCAGUGGCCGUUGAGGCUUCACUCUACCUCUGCUCUGCUACUAGAAGGAUUGUGCGUGUGUACGCCUCGGGCUGGUGGAGUGGAGGCCGUUGUUGUUCUUUAUCUGUGUUGUCAACACUGCCUGAGGCUCAUCUGUCACUCCUGGGGACUACUGUGUCCUUGAGGUACUGACCCAGUGAGAGUGUUGAGCUACACCAACACCACAUCAGAAUUUAAUUUCCUACCCUGCCUGGAGUCAUAGAGCUUAUUCAUUAGAUGUCAUUGUUUCUCGAAGAUACAAAAAAGUGUUGAGAAAAAAAGAGCAGAAGUAAAAAUAAAGUGACAGUAGGGAGGCUAUAUAUACAAUAGAAUAAAGUGACAGUAGGGAGGCUAUAUAUACAGGGGGGUACCGUUGCAUAGUCAAUGUGCGGGGGGCACCGGCUAGUUGAGGUAGUUGAGGUAAUAUGUACAUGUGGGUAGAGUUAAAGUGACUAUGCAUAAAUACUUAACAGAGUAGCAGCAGCGUAAAAAGGAUGGGGUGGGGGGGCAGUGCAAAUAGUCCGGGUAGCCAUGAUUAGCUGUUCAGGAGUCUUAUGGCUUGGGGGUAGAAGCUGUUGAGAAGUCUUUUGGACCUAGACUUGGCACUCCGGUACCGCUUGCCGUGCGGUAGCAGAGAGAACAGUCUAUGACUAGGGUGACUGGAGUCUUUGACAAUUUUGAGGGCCUUCCUCUGACACCGCCUGGUAUAGAGGUCCUGGAUGGAAGGGAGCUUUGCCCCAGUGAUGUACUGGGCCGUACGCACUUCAGCAGUACAUGGACUAUGUUACUGUAGAAAUGGUUAUUGUGUGUUCCUUGUCUGUUCCAAAUGCAUUCUCUCAGUAUUUGCGGAUGUGAAUCACCCCAUACAAUAUUACACAAAAAAUUAUCUUGGUCUUGUUUUUGAUAGAUUGUGGGGUUUGUGUUAUGGCAGCAGGUGCUGUACAUUGCAAGCCAGUCACAGAGGAGCACUAGCUGGUGGUUUUAUUUCUCCCGCCCAGUUCGGUUUGGGAGUGCAAAACAGAGGUGUUGUCACAGCAACAGAACCAACCAUGGAGUGCUGCUCAUCUAUCUUUUUUGUUGUUGGUCCCAUUCUCCCUACCCAGUCCCCACACACCUCUGGAAGUACAGCAGCAGAAGCACAGAGGCAGCUAGGCCAGCGUGUUCAUUUCCAAGGCAGUGGAGCCUGCAUCCCUGCUCCAUUCCUUCUCCUAAAAUACACAGGAGUUCCAUUUUCUCCCUCCCCUAUCAUUUGAAGGGAGAUAGAGAGAGAGAAACAGUAGAUGAGAGAGAGAGGCGGAGAGAUAGGAAGAGAUGGAGAGAGAUGUGGGAGGGCUGCUGCUGCGCUCCGGUGAUUCAGAGCCAAUCAGAGCAUUUCUGUAUGCUGUUGAGUCAUGGAGGAUUCCACUCCCCCCCCACGGUGCCUGGCUGGACCCACGCCAUGCCACAAUGUCUGACUAUACAGACAGCCUCCAGUCUUUCAGGCUGCACUCCCACAGACAGAACAGACAGCCUCCAGUCCCAACUCUCCAGACUGCACUACCACGCACCGUUUAGCUCAGCAAACUAGACUUCUCACAACACUUCAACAUGUUGUUUGGCAAUGGAUGGGGAGUGUUAUCCUGACCUGCUGUAUUACACUCAGGCACAGUUCAGCUCAUGGAGAGUUAACAGAACACCUCGUAUGCUGUUUCCCAAUGUAAGGGGUUAUGAAGUGAUAAGGAGUGUAAUCCUUCUAUAUUACCACCAGGCACAGUUUAGCUCAUCAAGCUAUACACUGAGUGUACAAAACAUUAGGAACACCUGCUCUUUCCAUGAUAUAGACUGACCAUGUGAAUCCAGGUGAAAGCUAUGAUCCCUUAUUGAUGUCACCUGUUAAAUCCACGUCAAUCACUGUAGAUGAAGGGAAGGAGACAGGUUAAAGAAGGAUUUGUAAGCCUUGAGACAUUGGAGACAUGGAUUGUGUAUGUGUGCCAUUCAGAGGAUGAAUGGGCAAGACAAAAGAUUUGUCCCUUUGAAUGGGGUAUGGUAGUAGGUGCCAGGCACGCCAGUUUGUGUCAAGAACUGCAACGCUGCUGGGUUUUUCACGCUCAACAUUUUCCCGUGGUAUCAAGAAUGGUCCACCACCCAAAGGACAUCCAGCCAACUUGACACAACUGUGGGAAACAUUGGAGUCAACAUGGGCCAGCAUCCCUGUGGAACGCUUUCGACACCUUGUAUAGUCCAUUCCCCGACGAAUUGAGGCUGUUCUGAGGGCAAAAGAGGGUGCAACUCAAUAUUAGGAAGGUGUUACUAAUGUUUUGUACACUCAGUGUCGUUUGCACUGCUGUUUCCCAAUCAAAGUCAAAGCAUACAUCCUCUUUGUGUGUGUGUGCAUGUUUCAGUGUUUACUAUUAAUGGAACACAGUUGUACUGUAUGUCGCACACAGAUAUGAUGAUGAAAUAUGAAUGUAAAUGAUGACACAACCAAGGAAGAGAGGAUUACCAUGGAUUAACAUUAGAGUGUCUUAGUAGAUAGCUGUGUGUGUGGAUCUGUCUUCACAGGAUAUUGAAAAUGGAUUUGUACCUGAUAUUCCUAGAUCUCUCAUGCUUGACUGUACUAUAGUCCCUUGUCUUUCUAACAGCUCAUCCCAGUUCCUAGCCCCACAUAAUUACACUACAGAAGGAGAUAUAAAAAUAAGUCAAUAAAAAAAAACACCUCUUCCUCACGUCCUGCAUGUGGAAAUGCAUCAUCCUGACAGAACAAACAACAAAUCCUUGUGAGCUCAGCACUGAUAAGGAAUAAGACUGAGUGUAUCCUCAACUCCCUCGCUCCCUCACCCAGGUGCGUGAAAUUGCCAACUUCUCCCCUCGCCAGAAUAUUUAUAGCUUAGGCAGUGGGAGAGAGGAAAAUAACACUCAACUGGCGAUUGACAGCCACCGCUAAGCAAUUGGAAUUAAUAUUAAUCAUGCCAGUGCAGUGUGUUUGCCAUUGGAAAUUGAACUGGGAAUUGAGGAGUAGGGAACAUAGUGUUAUUUAAAUGUUGUGGUUGUUGUAUACUUGCAAUGAAGUGAUUGUACAUUAUAACAGUAGCAUGAGUUUUGCAUUCAUCUAAUAAUUAAUUGAAAGACUCAUAUUGUACGUUUAAUCUUGGAUCGAUUCAUUCAUGUUUGCAUUGAUUAUUUCUUUAAGUCAUUCAUUGAUUUGGGUAACUUAUGCAGGAGUUGCUCAUGUAGCCUCCAGUAUUUUGAUUGGGGCACUGCUUUAGUGCUACUCUACUCCUCUGCUUUGAUGCUCAGGCUGUCGAAGAAUAAAAACUUCCCAGCAGGAAGACUUGGAUACCUGCCUUGACCUCCCUCUCAUCCCUUGUUCAUUCCUCCUUUCCGCCCUAAUCAAGUAGGGUUAAUGUCCCAGUCGCACAAAACCUCCUGGAUGAAGAAGCAUUUUUAUUGAUUAUUUUCAAUGUGAGUGUCAAGGUGAAUCUCCCUCACAGCCAAUCACUGCCCAGCGAGCAGAGGAGCACACAGAACAGUCCCCGGUGGUUUCCGUAGCGCCUCGUGUUUAUUCUUCAAACGAGGAGCUACUUUUGAUGUUUCAGUACAGAGGUUUCUGUCCUCUCCAUCACACCGACUCACGCCGCAUUCAUCUCUCCAAAGCCAUUUGCAUAGGAUUUUCAGUUAGCAGAGAAGCUGGGAGGGAGGUAGGGCGGGUUGGGCUUGACAGAUGAGAUGAGUGCUUCACGUUGGGAAAGUAGAUGGUACCAGGUUACAGACACAAGCGUCUGGUGGUGUAGUCAGAUGAUAUAGCUACAGUGUCUGAUGUAGGCCACAGAGGAGCUGCUGGUUUGAUGAAGCUCCUAUAAGGACUGUUGAUGUGGAGCAGGAGGUACAACAUGGUUAGGUACACUGCACUGAGGCCCUGGUGCUAUACUAUACUGUGAUUAUGGGCUUGCUUGUCACACUGGGACCUUAUGUUGGGUUAUUUCAAGUGUAUGAUGUCCAAACUGUUGCUGCUUUGAUGUUAUGGUUGGAUAGUGAGAUGCAUGUUCACUCUCACGGUAACGCAUAUACAUUAAGAUAUUUGCCCAAUUGAGUUACUAUAAAAAAUACAUACUUGUAAAGGACCUGGAGCUGCAUAUACUGUAUACCAAAUUAGGCUACUUCAUUUACAAUGUACUGAUAGAGACAGGCACAUAGACAUCGUUAGACAGAGCGAGACAGUCUUUCUGGAAAUCCCCCAAAUCAUUAGUUCAGACUGUAGAGCCCGUUAACUUACUUUGGUGGAUAUUGUGACCUCUGCAUAAAAUCCAUGUUCAUCUCACUAUCAUUACCCUGUGCAUGAUUUGAGUGUGCAAAGAGCAGCACUCGCUCAACAUCAGUACAGUAUAACGAAGGAAUUCCCUUCAAGACAGGAAUGAUAUUUGUUAGUCUGAAACCCUGCAGUAAUUCAUUAAAGUUUCCUGUUUUAUUUGUCACAUGCACAAGUACAGUGACAUGCUUAACUUGCAAGCCCUUCCCAACAAUUCAAUAUCAAAAGUGUAAUUUUUUAAAAUAAAAUAUAAAUAAGAAAUAAGAAAGGAAGAAUAAAAGCAACAGGAUAGUGUAAGCUAUAUACAGGGUCAGUGCCAGUACCAAAUGUACAGUGUGCAGGAAUAUUGGAGUAGUUGAUGUAGCUAGAUAGUAGAUAUGUACAGGCAGGGAUUAGGAGAAAGAGACUAGUAGCAGGAUAAAUAAUAAUAAUAACAACAGCUGGUAGCAGGAAUAUAUAAAUACUAUUUUAUAUAUAUAUAUAUAAAUAAUUAUAAUAUAUAAUAUAUAAUUAUAAUAUAAAUGGUAAUAUACACAUGUAAACAUUAGUAAUAUUGACCAGUAGCAGGAUAAAUAGAUUGAUACUAAUGGUAAAGGCAAUCAAUAAUCAAUUAACAGCAGCCUAAUGGUAGUAAUAAAUCUAAUCAAUAAUCAUUUUAGCAGCAGCAUAUGUGUGAGGGGCUUUGCCUGUGGGUCUAAGUGUGUGGGGUCAGUAAUGAGUGUGUGAGCGGGUGUGUGUGUGUGAGUAAGAGUGGCAGUGAAGGUGUGUAUGUCUGAGUGGGUAGAGACCUGUGGAUGGGCAUCGAGUCAGUGUGGAUAGUCUGUGAGAGAGGGAGAGCAGUAGUUAUUAGCCAUUUAACAGUCUUAUGGCCAGGGGAUUGAAGCUGUUUGGGAGUCUGUUGGUCUGAGCCUUGAUGCACCGGUACCGCCUGCCGGACGGGAGCAUGGAGAACAGUCCAUGUCUCGGGUGGCUGGAGUCUUUGGCAAUUUUUCGGGCCUUUCUCAGACACCGCUUGGCAUGUAUGUCCUGGAUGGCUGGGAGCUCACCCCCUGGGAUGCGCUGGGCCGUCCGUACCACCCUCUAUAGGGCCUUCAGGUCGAGGGCGGUGCAAUUGCCAUACCAGACGGUGAUACAACCACUCAGGAUGCUCUCAAUGGUGCAGCUGUAAAAGUCCCCCCCCCGUUUCCUGUAGUCCACGCUCAGCUCCUUAGACUUGCUGACGUUGAGGAAGAUGUUGCAAUUCAUUCCAGUUGUAAUGGUGCUGUGCAGGCACUGAUGUACUGUAGGGAGACUAGUGAAUCAAGUUGAGUUUAUGUUUGCACCGUAUACACUACAAACUCUCUGUAUCGCCUUACUACCGUACUACAGGGCCACAGAGAGGACCUUUACUUUCCUCAGGCACUGUGUCACAGCAGCAGUGAGCUGCUUGUGUUGUCUCAGAGAAACCUGAUCUACACCUUCUGUGCUGUAAUUCACUGUGAAGGAACAACCAGUACUGCCUGGAGCCUUUUGCCUUUAAAGUGCCGUGGCCAAGGAAGAGAGGAGGAGAGAAGGAGAGGAGAGUCUCUCUCUCUCUCUCUCUCUCUCUCUCUCUCUCUCUCUGUCUAUCUCUCAGUCUAUCUCUCUCAGAUGCUGGGAUGAGUCCCGGAUAGGCAUCAGGCAGUUUGGCAGGCCACUGCUGAGUUGGACUAUUGUGAAUAUGCAUGAGCAGCCACGACGUACAGCUGGGAAAACAAUGAGAAACAGCAUGGUAGACCAACAUUAGUGGCUUUUUAGCUGUACAUGUAAUGCUAAACUGGCUUUACCCAAAUUUGAGACAUAAAAAAUAAAGCAACUCUUAUACCUUAAUGUUUAAAUUCCCCUUCUAGCUCUCUGUCAUAGAAAAAUACAUUCUCGAAUCUCUAUGCUUUUAAAAAUAGAAUAGGAGUGUAUGCAGGAUGUAAUCAGCUGAUAUGUCUUGCCAAGGCCUGAUGCGGCUGGGUUAGUGUUGGGUGCGUGGCGGGGGCCGGGGGCUGGACUGAGCCAUUAGUGUGUCACGCGUCGAGUCAAUGUGCAGCCAGUCGAGGUGUGAGAUCGCCUCGCAGGACUACUGCAUGUUAUCAUUAGUUAGCACCGAGCUGAAACACACUGUUCUACAUCUAGCCUGUGUCUUGAUCAAUACGAUCCUCUAGUACACAGUAGUCUACCCAUUAUCUCCUCACUUUGCCCCUGAUUUUUCUGUCAUUGUAUCUUGUUCUACCUCUCUUAGUAGGCUAUAAGAGUGAGUAAGGCAUGUCUGAACUCUGUGUUCAUGAUCCCAUUACUCUUCCAGACGGGGUGUGUGGAGCAGAGCAGGUCCCUGCAGAUUUCUGCUAUGUCCCUGGACACUAGAUCAAAGGGGGCUAGCAGCAGCAUUCUGCAGGAGCAUACUGCCUAGAUACCUGCACUUCAUUAACAAGAGUGUUGAGAUGUCCCUGGAUACUCAGGAUCAAAGGUCUAGUAGCAAAAUAUUGCAGAGAUACCAGUCUCCUACUUUGUCAAGUGUCAUCUGAAGUCACUCUAGCUCCUGCUAUAUGGACACUUGGAGAGUGGCCAUGGCUUUCACUGGAAUGGAUUGGAAUGGAUGUAUACACUCACUAACUGUAAGUCGCUCUGGAUAAGAGCGUCAGCUAAAUGACUAAAAUGUCAAUGUAAAAUGAAUGGAAUUCAAAACCCAAUACAUUUAUUAUUUUAAUGUGUAAAAACAAGAAUGGUCAGCAGACUUUUAUCUUCAGAACAUUAACAAUGUUUAACCUGAUUAGAAAUACGUUUUCCUGAUUAACUCUAUCUUCAAGCAUGUCAAAUAUCAGAGUCUGCAGAAAUGUUUUCAGACAAGACUUUGGAGCUACUGUAUGACUAUCAAAGGAGUAGCAAUUCUGUAUGCUUGUAAUGAAAUUACACCUUUCUGUGAAGUCAGUUGGAAAUAAAUGUAUGUGAAGAACAUAAAGAACAGAGCAUAUGCAAACGUGUAGCCUAAUAUUCUACAGAGGCCUUCCAGUCCAGCCUUUGGGGCCAACUUUUCAUCUAUCCACAAAGUUUGACGAACUAAAUGUACUGUGGACUCAUGUGCUAUUGGGUCUCAGAGGAAUAAGUAUAUUUUAAAGAGAAAAUAUGUAUAAUUAUUUGCUGCACUUAAUUAUUGUUGCUGCUGUAACGAGAGAGAGAGUAAUUGGAGAGUAGGAGCUCUUUUGAUCUCUGGUGGCAGCAGAGGAAAUUUGCUGCUGCUAAAAUGAGAGCGAUAUCCAGAUUAGUCACGAACACAAAUGAGCGAGGCGGAGAACAGUAUUGCAUACGUGAUUGCAUAUAUGUUACAGGCGUUUCAUAUGAUGAGCGCCUGGAGAGGCCACUGGUUUUGCUCGACCAGAUAAACCAGUUAGUUUCAAGCCCUUUUCUGCUUCAAGUUAAUUCAAAUAAUUUAAUGAUUCCUUCUAUAAUGGACAAAAUGCUAAUGUAUAAUUAUAAACUUACUGUACCAUAGCCAUUAAUGGCAGCAACACUUGGCACUGUCAUGGCACUUGUAGAGAGAUGGAUUUGCUGGGUUGGUGCUAUGGUUGCAGACAGUUAGUAAAUAUAGUUUACUUUUCAUACCAUUUGAUCCUCUGGUUCCAUUGUAUUGGGAGUGUACUGAAGGCUACAUAUCCUCCCCUCCACUCCACUCCACUCCACUCCACUCCACUCCACUCCACUCUCCUCCACUCCCCUCCCCUCCACGUAUUUGGACAGUGAAGCAUUUUUUUUUACAUUUGGCUCUAUACUCCAGAAAUUUGGAUUUGAAAUAAAAUGUGUCAUAUGAGGCUACAGUACAUAAUGUCACCUUUUAUUUGAGGGUAUUUUCAUACAUAUCUGUUUUACCAUUUAGAAAUGAAGGCACUUUAUGUAUCUAGUCCCCACAUUUUGAAGAAAUUAUGUUUAUUUGGACAAAUGCACUUAUAGUGUAUUAAAGUAGUCAAAAGUGUAGUAUUUGGUCCCAUAUUCCUAGCACGCAAUGAUUACAUCAAGCUUGUGACUCUACAAAGUCAUUGGAUGCAUUUACAGUUUGUUUUGGUUGUGUUUCGAAUUAUAUUUAUAUUAUAGGAACUGAAUGGGGAAUGAUGACUGCAGUCAUUUUCUUUCUAAUUGAGUAGAUAAGAUGUUUCCGAAACACUUCUAAAUUAAUCCUGAUUAUGCCAUGAUUAAGACAAAUCAUGAAUGAAUCAUGAAUAAUGAUGAGUGAGAAAGUUACGGUCUACAACAAAGCAUGCUAACCUCUAACCAUUACCAAUAACCGGGGAGGUUAACAUUUUUGGGAGGGUAUGAUCUUUGUUCCUCUGUAACUUUCCCACUCAUCUCAUCGAUGAGUCCAUGUACCGUGGAGAGGUCGACCGGCUUGUGUCCUGGUGCAGUCGCAAUAACCUGAAACUCAACACAGACAAAAUCGUGGAUAUGGUGUUUGACUUCAGGAAACGCCCCCCCACCAUCUCUCCCAUCGAGAUUGAUGGCUCAGCUGUUGGCACAGCUGAAUCAUUCAAAUUCCUGGGGACCAUCAUCUCCGACAGUAUCAAGUGAGAGGACAACAUCACAUCGGUCACCAAGAAGGCACACCAGAAUGUACUACUUUGAAGAGUCACAAGCUAGCAUUAGUCAAUGAGCGCAAGGAAUAUGAGAACAAAUACUAAACAUUUGACUACUUUACUACACUAUAAUUGAAUUUGUCCAAAUACUUAUGACUUCCUCAAAUGGGGGGACUAGAUACAUAAAGUGCCUUAAUUUCUAAACGUUAGAACAGAUAUGUAUGAAAAUACCCUCAAAUAAAAUGUGACAUUCUGUACUGUUGCCUCAUGAAACGUUUUAUCUCCAAUCCAAAAUGCUGGAGUAUAGAGCCACAUUUAAAAUGUUAGCUUCACUGUCAAAAGAUAUAUGGAGGGGAGUGCAUGUUUUAAGGGCCUUUGUCCUGUUGAGGGCUGUAUCACUGUUAAGUGGUGUUAAUUGGCUGUUGCAAGCGAUCCGACAUCGAGCGGCAGAGAAGGAGUGAAGGACUGUCGAGGAGAGAGAUAGAGGAAGAAUGGAGGGAGUGGAGUAGAGGAGAGUGGGCUAUAGCUCUGUAGAUCACCAGAGUGGAGUAGAGGGAGUGGGCUAUAGCUCUGUAGAUCACCAGAGUGGAGUAGAGGAGAGUGGGCUAUAGCUCUGUAGAUCACCAGAGUGGAGUAGAGGAGAGUGGGCUAUAGCUCUGUAGAUCACCAGAGUGGAGUAGAGGAGAGUGGGCUAUAGCUCUGUAGAUCACCAGAGUGGAGUAGAGGGAGUGGGCUAUUGCUCUGUAGAUCACCAGAGUGGAGUAGAGGAGAGUGGGCUAUAGCUCUGUAGAUCACCAGAGUGGAGUAGAGGAGAGUGGGCUAUAGCUCUGUAGAUCACCAGAGUGGAGUAGAGGAGAGUGGGCUAUAGCUCUGUAGAUCACCAGAGUGGAGUAGAGGGGAGUGGGCUAUAGCUCUGUAGAUCACCAGAGUGGAGUAGAGGAGAGUGGGCUAUAGCUCUGUAGAUCACCAGAGUGGAGUAGAGAGAGAGUCGCUCUCAGCCGAGUCCUCAUGUAUUAGCCGUGGUGGGCUCUGCUCUGUAAUCACUCAGAGUGGCUAGGGAGUUGCUAUAGCUCGUAAUCACCAGGGAGUAGGGAAAUAGGCUAUAGCCUUUGACACCAAGUGUUAAGAGUGGGCUAUGCUCUGUAGAUCACCAAUUGGAGUAAGGAGAUGGCUUAGCCUUGAUCACCAGAGUGGAGUAGAUGGAGAGUGGGCAUAGCUCUGGGUGGAUCAAGAUGUGGAGUACAGGGGAGGGGGCUUAGCUCUGAGAUCACCAGAGUGGAGUAAGAGAUGGCUAUAGCUCUGUAGAUCACCAGAUGGAGUAGAGGGAGGGCUAUCCGAGAUCACCAGAGUGGAGUACAGGAGUGGGCUAUAGCUCGUCAUCACCAAGUGUGAGAGGUGGCUAUAGCUCUGUAUCACCAGAGUGGAGUAGAGGGAGGGGCUAUAGUCUCAUGUAGAUCACCAGUAGUGGAGUGGGGGUGGCCUAUAGCUCUGUAGACUCACCCCAUUGGGCUAGAAUGCAUCUCUUAGCUGUGCUGUGGCUGCCUCUCCUCUACUCCACUCGAGCCUGGCUCCACGUGUUGCUCUGCUCUACCUCCCAGGGGGCUGCCUCAAGUCACACUUGAAAAGCACUUUGACACUCAAGCCUCUUAAACUGUGGCUGAGUGGGGCCCUCGCAGGAGUCCGCUCUAAUUGGCCGACAGGUUGAGCCCUGCCUCGCCACCGGCUGGCGUGUGUGUAUGUGUGCCCUGGGGUGGUCAGAUGUGGAAGACAGGGAGGGAGGAACCCUUCAGGGCUCAGAGCCCAGAGACAGAUCCCUGAUCCUAGCCUCGCCCGGCCCAGAUGAGCCCCGAGCUCCACACAGCUGGAUCAAUCCUAUACCCUCAAUCAACACAGUGCAUCAGUGUUACUCUCCCCUCGUUGUUAGGCCUACAGUAUCAUGUAGCUUUGUUGCUGUGUGUGCCUCUGCCUCACAACCAAACCCUUUGUCUUACAUCAUGUCACUGUUUUAGUCAUGGUUGGUGUGAUGACUACUACUAAUUUAUGUGCUCACAAUGUAUUUUAGGUUGUAGGUUGAAUUUACACUGCUCAAAAAAAAUUAAGGGAACACUUAAACAACACAUCUUAGAUCUGAAUGAAUGAAAUAAUCUUAUUAAAUACUUUUUUCUUUACAUAGUUGAAUGUGCUGACAACAAAAUCACACAAAAAUUAUCAAUGGAAAUCAAAUGUAUCAACCCAUGGAGGUCUGGAUUUGGAGUCACACUCAAAAUUAAAGUGGAAAACCACACUACAGGCUGAUCCAACUUUGAUGUAAUGUCCUUAAAACAAGUCAAAAUGAGGCUCAGUAGUGUGUGUGGCCUCCACGUGCCUGUAUGACCUCCCUACAAUGCCUGGGCCUGACCGUUUGAGCAGACACAUGCACAUUUGUGGCCUGCUUGAGGUCAUUUUGCAGGGCUCUGGCAGUGCUCCUCCUGCUCCUCCUUGCACAAAGGCGGAGGUAGUGGUCCUGCUGUUGGGUUGUUGCCCUCCUACGGCCUCCUCCACGUCUCCUGAUGUACUGGCCUGUCUCCUGGUAGCGCCUCCAUGCUCUGGACACUACGCUGACAGACACAGCAAACCUUCUUGCCACAGCUCGCAUUGAUGUGCCAUCCUGGAUGAGCUGCACUACCUGAGCCACUUGUGUGGGUUGUAGACUCCGUCUCAUGCUACCACUAGAGUGAAAGCACCGCCAGCAUUCAAAAGUGACCAAAACAUCAGCCAGGAAGCAUAGGAACUGAGAAGUGGUCUGUGGUCACCACCUGCAGAACCACUUCUUUAUUGGGGGUGUCUUGCUAAUUGCCUAUAAUUUCCACAUGUUGUAUAUUCCAUUUGCACAACAGCAUGUGAAAUGUAUUGUCAAUCAGUGUUGCUUCCUAAGUGGACAGUUUGAUUUCACAGAAGUGUGAUUGACUUGGAGUUACAUUGUGUUGUUUAAGUGUUCCCUUUAUUUUUUUGAGCAGUGUAGUUAUGCAGAAGCCUGGUACAGUAGCAUAGGAGUGGUUCAUAAUGUUUGUCUGCAUUCAGCAGGAGUUUAGCCAGUGACAGCAAGGGUAGGAUUGGGACUUGAUGGAAGGGGGGCUGAGAAUAAGUAGGGGUAAUAAAAAGUUUAGCGUGACUAUUUGUAUUUUAAUGAGCAUGGCGCAGUGUUGUGUUUGUAUAUAGAUCUGUUUGAGCAGCAGUUUCUCCAUCACCUGCUGUUAAGGAGCUUCUCCCCUGUGAUCCAAUGUGUGUUUAUGUUAUUAGGGAGAAUGUAGCACUGUGAAUAAUGUAUAAUAGAGCAAAUGCACAUCGUGUACAAGUCCAGGUGUUUCAGACAAGGCUCCAGUUGUGCCUUUAGCUUGUUAAAUAUACAUGAACGUGUGGAGGGCUUCGGGAAUAGCAUUAAGCAUACAUACAGUAGUUUAACUUGGCCUGUGCUUCUCUCCUUCUGCUUCUCUGAAAGCUUUUUUUAUUUUUAAAUGGUUACAUAUUUUAGAGUUUUCAACAGGGUACAUAUGUGCCGCUAAGGAGCACAGAUCCUGGUAUUGUUGGUAUUGCCUAGGAUAAAACCGUCUGAAUGAGUCAAACAUAAUAACCUAAAACCCAUUUCAGGUAUAUCUCACUGGUCAUCCCCAAAGCCAACACCUCCUUUGGCCGCCAUUCCUUCCAGUUCUCUGCUGCCAAUGACUGGAACGAACUGCAAAAAUCUCUGAAGCUGGAGACUCUUAUCUCCCUCACUAACUUUAAGCAUCAGUUGUCAGAGCACCUUACCGAUCACUGCACCUGUACACAGCCCAUCUGAAAUUAGCCCACCCAACUACCUCCUCCCUAUAUUGUUAUUUAUUUUGCUCAUUUGCACCCCAGUAUCUCUAUUUGCACAUAAUCUCUUGCACAUCUAUCAUUCCAGUGUUAAUACUAAUUGUAAUUAUUUUGCACCAUAGCCUAUUUAUUGCCUUACCUCCAUAACUUGCUACAUUUGCACACACUGUAUAUAUAUUUUCUGUUGUAUUUUUGACUUUAUGUUUUGUUUUACCCCAUAUGUAACUCUGUGUUGUUGUUUUUAUCGCACUGCUUUGCUUUAUCUUGGCCAGGUCGCAGUUGUAAAUGAGAACUUGUUCUCAACUGGCUUACCUGGUUAAAUAAAGGUGAAAUUCAGUGUGUUUACACAGACACAGAGCUGGAAACAGGGCUUACACUGCGAGCAUUCAGGACUCAAGACAUUGUAUUUAUCAGCACUGUGGUGGCAAUCGCAUUGAAUUUCAGGUUGAAUACACACAUGAAUACAACUACUAAUCCUGCUGUAUUACCGUAUGGAUAUCCUAAGUCUUCCACCAUUAUGUGCCAAUAUAAUCAAUGGGAUACCCUAAUGGCUAACACACCUGACUCGUACCAUAAUCAUAUCCACAAAGUUAUUUAAAAACUAUUCAGAGCAGACGCAAGUUAAACUAAGGCUUUCAUUUUUGACUUGACGCAUUAAUGUUUAUUGGGUAGGCUCCAAACAGCCUCCAAAUGUUUUAUUUCACACAGCGUUAAUUUCACCACAUGAAAGAUGAGGCUUGGCUUUGCGCUGACGCUGUACAGUGAGGGAAAAAAGUAUUUGAUCCCCUGCUGAUUUUGUACGUUUGCCCACUGACAAAGACAUGAUCAGUCUAUAAUUUUAAUGGUAGGUUUAUUUGAACAGUGAGAGACAGAAUAACAACAAAAAAAUCCAGAAAAACGCAUGUCAAAAAUGUUAUAAAUUGAUUUGCAUUUUAAUGAGGGAAAUAAGUAUUUGGCCCCUCUGCAAAACAUGAUUUAGUACUUGGUGGUAAAACCCUUGUUGGCAAUCACAAUGGUCAGACGUUUCUUGUAGUUGGCCACCAGGUUUGCACACAUCUCAGGAGGGAUUUUGUCCCACUCCUCUUUGCAGAUCUUCUCCAAGUCAUUAAGGUUUCGAGGCUGACGUUUGGCAACUCAAACCUUCAGCUCCCUUCACAGAUUUUCUAUGGGAUUAAGGUCUGGAGACUGGCUAGGCCACUCCAGGACCUUACUGUGCUUCUUCUUGAGCCACUCCUUUGUUGCCUUGGCCGUGUGUUUUGGGUCAUUGUCAUGCUGGAAUACCCAUCCACGACCCAUUUUCAAUGUCCUGGCUGAGGGAAGGAGGUUCUCACCCAAGAUUUGAUGGUACAUGGCCCCGUCCAUCGUCCCUUUGAUGCGGUGAAGUUGUCUUGUCCCCUUAGCAGAAAAACACCCCCAAAGCAUAAUGUUUCCACCUCCAUGUUUGACGGUGGGGAUGGUGUUCUUGGGGUCAUAGGCAGCAUUCCUCCUCCUUCAAACACGGCGAGUUGAGUAGAUGCCAAAGAGCUCCAUUUUGGUCUCAUCUGACCAGAACACUUUCACCCAGUUCUCCUCUGAAUCAUUCAGAUGUUCAUUGGCAAACUUCAGACGGCCCUGUAUAUGUGCUUUCUUGAGCAGGGGGACCUUGCGGGUGUUGCAGGAUUUCAGUCCUUCACGGCGUAGUGUGUUACCAAUUGUUUUCUUGGUGACUAUGGUCCCAGCUGCCUUGAGAUCAUUAACAAGAUCCUCCCAUGUAGUUCUGGGCUGAUUCCUCAAUGUUCUCAUGAACUCCACGAGGUGAGAUCUUGCAUGGAGCCCCAGGCCGAGGGAGAUUGACAGUUCUUUUGUGUUUCUUCCAUUUGUGAAUAAUUGCACCAACUGUUGUCACCUUCUUACCAAGCUGCUUGGCGAAGGUCUUGUAGCCCAUUCCAGCCUUGUGUAGGUCUACAAUCUUGUCCCUGACAUCCUUGGAGAGCUCUUUGGUCUUGGCCAUGGUGGAGAGUUUGUAAUCUGAUUGAUUGAUUGCUUCUGUGGACAGGUGUCUUUUAUACAGGUAACAAGCUGAGAUUGGGAGCACUACCUUUAAGAGUGUGCUCCUACUCUCAGCUCGUUACCUGUAUAAAAGACACCUGGGAGCCAGAAAUCUUUCUGAUUGAGAGGGGGUCAAAUACUUAUUUCCUUCAUUAAAAUGCAAAUCAAUUUCUAACAUUUUUUACAUGCGUUUUUCUGGAUUUUUGUUGUUGUUAUUCUGUCUCUCACUGUUCAAAUAAACCUACCAUUAAAAUUAUAGACUGAUCAUUUCUUUGUCAGUGGGCAAACGUACAAAAUCAGCAGGGGAUCAAAUACUUUUUUCCCUCACUGUAUGUGGCGCAGCUAGUGCUAGUGACUACUCUGUAAUCUCGGUACUCACUCUUUGGAAGACUCUAACCAUGUUUGGAGCUCUGCUCUGAUGACUAGUAGCUGCUGAUGAUGGAUUCAUUAAAGUGACUGAUGGCAGUUUGCCACUAUGUGUUUGACCCCACUCAAUUUGAAAAGCUUAUGUACAGUAAUGCUAUCAAACACAUGACAUGGCACAAGAUCAGUGUGUAACAUUUAUGAUAAUUGCCGAUGUAUUUACAGGCUAGCCAGUUGCUCCAUGACAUUGUGAAGCCCUGUGGGUAAUUGUUUGGAGCUAUCUAUGAUUGACGUAUUUUACUGAGUUACAGUUCAUAUAAGGAAAUCAGUCAAUUGAAAUAAAUUAAUAACGCCCUAAUUUAUGGAUUUCGUAUUACUGGGAAUACAGAUAAGCAUCUGUUGGUCACAGAUACCUUAAAAAAUAAAAAGGGGUGUGGAUCAGAAAACCAGUCAGUAUCUGGUGUGAUCACCAUUUGCCUCAAGCAGCGCAACACAUUUAUUUUGCAAAUAAUUGAUCAGGCUGUUGAUUGUGGCCUGUGGAAUGUUGUCCCACUCCUCUUCAAUGACUGUGCGAAGUUGCUGGAACUGGAACACACUGUCGUACACGUCGAUCCAGAGCAUCCCAAACAUGCCCAAUGGGUGACAUGUCUGGUGAGUAUGCAGGCCAUGGACGAACUGGGAAAUGUUCAGCUUCCAGGAAUUGUGUAAACGGGGCCUUGCAUUAUCAUGCUGAAACAUGAGCUGAUGGCAGCAGAUGAAUGGCACUACAAUGGGCCUAAGGAUCUCGUCACAGUAUCUCUGUGCAUUUAAAUUGCCAUCAAUAAAAUGCAAUUCUGUUCAUUGUCCGUAGCUUAUGCCUGCCCAUACCAUAACCCCACCGCCACCAUGUGGCACUCUGUUCACAACGUUGACAUCAGCAAACCGCUCGCCCACACAAAGCCAUACACGCUGUCUGCCAUCUGCACGGUACAGUUGAAGCCAGGAUUCAUCCGUGAAGAACACACUUCUCCAGUGUGCCAGUGGCCAUUGAAGGUGAGCAUUUGCCCACUGAAAUCGAUUAUGAUGCCGAACUGCAGUCAAGUCAAGACCCUGGUGAGGGCGAUGAGCACGCAGAUGAGCUUCCCUGAGACGGUUUCUGACAGUUUUUGCAAAUAUUGUUUGGUUGUGCAAACCCACAGUUUCAGCUGUCCGGGUGGCUGGUCUCAGACGAUUCCGCAGGUGAAGAAGCCGGAUGUGGAGGUCCUGGGCUGGCGUGGUUACACGUGGUCUGCGGUUGUGAGGUCGGUUGGACGUACUGCCAAAUUCUCUAAAAUGACGUUGGAGGUGACUUAUGGUAGAGAAAUUAACAUUAAAUUAUCUGGCAACAGCUCUGGUGGACAUUCCUGCAGUCAGCAUGCCAAUUGCAUGCUCCCUCAAAACUUGAGACAUCUGUGGCAUUGAGACAAAACUGCACAUUUUAGUAUGGCCUUUUAUUGUACCAAGCACAAGGUGCACCUGUGUAAUGAUCAUGCUAUUUAAUCAUCUUCUUGAUAUGCCACACCUGUCAGUUGGAUGGAUUAUCUUGGCAAAGGAGAAAUGCUCACUAACAGGGAUGUAAACAAAUUUGAGCACAACAUUUGAGAGAAAUAAGCUUUUUGUGUGUAUGGAACAUUUCUGGGACAAACACGUCAAAUAUUUCCACCCCGCCCAUCUGAGCGCAAGCGAGCUGAUAUAAGACAGGGAAAUUGGCGAACCUGACGUUAGGGCGGAAAAAUGCGAGUGGGCCAGUUUUUGCCUUUAGAAAGUAUUUGAAAGCCAAGUUAACAAACAGAUCACCGACCAUUUCGAAUCCCACCGUACCUUCUCCGCUAUGCAAUUCGGUUUCCGAGCUGGUCAUGGGUGCACUUCAGCCACGCUCAAGGUCCUAAACGAUAUUAUAACCGUGAUCGAUAAUAGACAGUACUGUGCAGCCGUCUUCAUCGACCUGGCCAAGGCUUUCGACUCUGUCAACCACCGCAUUCUUAUUGGCAGACUAAAUAGCCUUGGUUUCUCAAAUGACUGCCUCGCCUGGUUCACCAACUACUUCUCAGAUAGAGUUCAAUGUGUCAAAUCGGAGGGCCUGUUGUCUGGACCUCUGGCAGUCUCUAUGGGGGUGCCACAGGGUUCAAUUAUUGGGCCGACUCUUUUCUCCUUUUAUAUCAAUGAUGUCGCUCUUGCUGCUGGUGACUCUCAGAUCCACCUCUACGCAGACGACACCAUUUUGAAUACAUCUGGCCGUUCAUUGGACACUGUGUUAACAAACCUCCAAACGAGCUUCAAUGCCAUACAACACUCCUUCAGUAGCCUCCAACUGCUCUUAAACAGUAGUAAAACUAAAUGCAUGCUCUUCAAUCGAACGCUGCUGGCACCCGCCCACCUGACUAGAAUCACCACUCUCGACGGGUCUGACCUAGAGUAUGUGGACAACUACAAAUACCUAGGUGUCUGGUUAGACUGUAAACUCUCCUUCCAGACUCACAUUAAGAAUCUCCAAUCCAAAGUUAAAUCUAGAAUCGGCUUCCUAUUUCGCAACAAAGCCUCCUUCACUCAUGCUGCCAAACAUGCCCUCGUAAAACUGACUAUCCUACCGAUCCUUGACUUCGGCGAUGUCAUUUACAAAAUCGCCUCCAACACUCUACUCAGCAAAUUAGAUGUAGUCUAUCACAGUGCCAUCCGUUUUGUCUCCAAAGCCCCAUACACUACCCACCACUGUGACCUGUAUGCUCUUGUUGGCUGGUCCUCACUACAUGUUCGUCAUCAAACCCACUGGCUCCAGGCCAUCUAUAAAUCACUGCUAGGCAAAUCCCCGCCUUAUCUUAGCUCAUUGGUCACCAUAGCAGCACCCACCCGUAGUCUGCGCUCCAGCAGGUAUAUCUCACUGGUCAUUCCCAAAGCCAACACCUCCUUUGGCCGCCAUUCCUUCCAGUUCUCUGCUGCCAAUGACUGGAACGAAUUGCAAAAAUCUCUGAAGCUGGAGACUCUUAUCUCCCUCACUAACUUUAAGCAUCAGUUGUCAGAGCACCUUACCGAUCACUGCACAUGUACACAGCCCAUCUGAAAUUAGCCCACCCAACUACCUCAUCCCUAUAUUUUUAUUUAUUUUGCUCUUUUGCACCCCAGUAUCUCUAUUUGCACAUAAUCUCUUGCACAUCUAUCAUUCCAGUGUUAAUACUAAUUGUAAUUAUUUUGCACCAUAGCCUAUUUAUUGCCUUACCUCCAUAACUUGCUACAUUUGCACACACUGUAUAUAUAUUUUCUGUUGUAUUUUUUGACUUUAUGUUUUUUUACCCCAUAUGUAACUCUGUGUUGUUGUUUUUAUCGCACUGCUUUGCUUUAUCUUGGCCAGGUCGCAGUUGUAAAUGAGAACUUGUUCUCAACUGGCUUACCUGGUUAAAUAAAGGUUAAAUAAAAUAAAUAAAUAAAAAACAUGCCGAAAUUACAAACUAACGUGUGUUUGACACUAGCGCCGCCCUAACGCCAUGUCAAUUGGUGAUGAAUAAUCUGUGAAUGAGAAGAUUUUAUGUGAAAUGACCUCUCUCAAGAGCAUUUCUCUUUCACUUUACAUCUUCUCCCCCCCCCCUCUUGCUCUCUUUCCCUCCCUCCCUCCCUCCCUCCCUCCCUCCCUCCCUCCCUCCCUCCCUCCCUCCUUCUCUCCCUGCCAGUUGGUGCUUCCAGAGUACUCUAUCCAUGGGCUGUUCUGUAUCAUGUUCCUGUGUGCCCAGGAGUGGCUGACAGUAGGCCUCAACAUCCCGCUCUUCUUCUACAAUACAUGGAGGUAACUAUCGAAGCUGGACUAGUCCAUCUUUGUCUUUCAUUUUAUAAGAUGUAAUGAAUUCAUUAUGGUGCCCAGAAGAUAAGCACUGAUAUUAAAAUAUUCACAUGGACAUUCAUUGGGUGUAAUAAGAGUACACAAACAAAGGCCAACAUAAAACAUUGACAUACAUUUUGCUGAGGAAGUGCAGUACAGUCUGCAGUGAUUGUAAAUAUGAUAACAGAUGGUUUUGUCUCCAUUCAACAAAGGGAAAAACACUCUUUCAAGACCUUGCCUUGUGGUUUGAACUCCUUUGUAAUUUUUUGUUUAAAAAAAAUCAAAGGAACUUUUCAAAAGUUACCACAAUAAAGAAAAAGUAGGUAUUUAUUUAAUGACUUGAGCAUUUGUAAUGUGGCAGACAGGCUGUGUGUGACUUUGGUUAUGAUACCCUGAAAUCCCACCCUGAAAAUUGGUCACCUGUCAAGGCUUCCUCCCAUUAAUAUGUUGUUUUCUCCCUUCUUUGGGAUUGUUGUUGUUUCGUUAUUGGAUGUGAAUCACUUGCAGAACUCUGUGAUUGUUUUGCUCAGGCGGUUGAAGUUACACAGCAGCACUCACUGUCUCAUUAAUUGCAGACUCUGCCAGAUGCCCAGUGGCUAUAGAUGCUGUUCUCUUUACACAGCUGAGGGGAGACAGGGAGAGAGGGAGAGAGAAAGAAAGAGAGGCACAGAGAAAACAACAGAAGGAUGAAGACAUAGAGAGAGAGAUACAGAGAUAUGGGGGAGGGUGACCCACAGCAGCCACAGAUCUGUCCAUUUCUGUUUUCCUUCCCAGUGAGCACAGCUGAUGCCUGAUGUCUUCAGCUCGUCCCCCUCCUCUCCUCUCAAUCAGCCCCCACUGGCUCUGCCUCUCUGCCAGCCUCUCCUCCCCACGUCCACAUGCAGCAGGGGCUCAGUGAAACACAGGAUAGUAGAGAGGUUUAGAUGUAGGUUUAGCAGCAGCAACACGGUGGAACGGAGCACCACUUCCUGUGUAGAGCAGAUACAUACUGUACAUGCCGAUGUAAAGCAGUGGCUACAUUUCUGAGAAAGACGUCUCAGUUUAAGGCCAAUUCCAUAGCCUCAUCAAAAGAGGAGCAUCGCGCUCUCCCAAAAAUUUGGUUGGCUUCCAUUGCCUCCAAAAUGUGCCAGUGAACAGUCACCUUCUCUUCUCAGAGCCAAGCAUAGUGCCUCGAUAGUCAGACUGAGCUGGUCCUCUCUCCCUCCCCAAACCCCCAGUGUACCCAUCUCCAGUCUCUGCACACACCAUUUAUUUUUCUAAAUAGUACCAGAUAGGGGUUCUUUAGCUUGUAACCAUAGCGGAACCCUUUUCUGGUGCAAUAUAGAACCCUUUUUUGAAGGUUCAAUAAAGAACCAUGCUCAUAAGGUUCUAAAUGGAACCUGUAUGGUGCAAUAAAGAACCAUAAAAAAAAAGUUCUAUAUAGCACCAAAAACAGUUCCGCUAUGGUUACAACCUUCUUUAUAGAACCUUUAUGGAGAAGGGUUGUAUAAAUAACCUUUCUCAAUUUUAAAGGUUCUUUGUAGAUUAUUUUGAAGAACCACAAAGGGUUUUUUAUUCUGGUCAGCCAUAUUAUAUGGUUAACAUUUAAUUAUUAUUAUUGUGUUAAUUGACAAGUUGAAUCAAGUGAGCUCCCUCUGGAACAGCUGGGGGUCCCUGAGGAGAGAACCACUGACUGAUUUAGCCAACUGUUCUCAAUUGACGCAAGGCCUAGAUGAGUCUUUUACAAGACACCGUCACUGGCCAUAGUCAUAUAUCAUUAUCACUUGUAGACUUCGGUGCAAAACACAGCAGCUGUCUGUGACAUUUACAUUUACGUUUACAUCAUUUAGCAGACGCUCUUAUCCAGAGCGACUUACAAAUUGGUGCAUUCAAUUUAUGAUAGCCAGUGAGACAACCACUUAUUUUAUUUUAUUUUUUAUUUAUUUUUUUUGUGGGGGAGGGGGGUUAGAAGGAUUACUUUUAUACUAUUCCAGGUAUUCCUUAAAGAGGUAGGGUUUCAAGUGUCUCCGGAAGGUGGUCAGUGACUCCGCUGUCCUGGCGUCAUGGGGGAGCUUGUUCCACCAUUGGGGUGCCAGAGCAGCAAAUAGCUUUGACUGGGCUGAGCGAAAAGAAAAAAAAAUGUCAUACCAUAACCGCUACACACAGCCUACAUUGUUGUCACCAUAUGAGCUAACAUCAUAGUCAACAUAGCUACAAUAACUAAUGCGUUAGUAAACCCACAAUCCAAUCCAUGUGUAUAAUCACUCAGUAGUGUACAGCAAGCAGUUUAGCAGUUACACCGACGGCCCCCGGUGGCAAUACAUUUAUAAAACCGAAAGCUUACCUUGAAUUGGACGUGUUGGAUAGCCUUCGCCAGCUAGCUAACAUAAAUAUAAUUCCUCUCUUUUUGAGUCAGGAUGUUGAGUAGGCUAAAUUAGCUGCAUUAGCUAGCAUAAGUGAAAGUAAAAAAAAAUCUCUCUCUGCUGCUUCUUCUUAAUAUUUGACAAAACUUUUUGAGUCAACUACACCACAUUUUAUGCACUGCAGUGCUAGCUAGCUGUAGCUUAUGAUUUCAGUACUAGAUUAAUUCUCUAAUCCUUUGAUUGGAUGAACAACAUGUCAGUUCAUGCUGCAAGAGCUUUGAUAGAUUGGAGGACGUCCUCCGGAAGUCAUCAUAAUUACUGUGUAUGUCUAUGGAAGGGGGUAAGAACCAUGAGCAUUUUAAUUAUCACUAAAAGAGCAAAGAACCGUUUUGUGAACUGUAACGAACCAUUAAAGAGCUCAAAGGGUUCUUUAUGAAUCCCUAUUUUUUUGUGUGUACAGUAGACGGGAUCCCGCUCUCUCUGUGUGUUGAGCUGAGCUCAUCCUGUAGCACACAUACUGUACAGACAGCUUCUCCCUAUCCCCUACCACACCCCCCUCACUGUCACAGAGAGGGAUUACAUUUACAUUUUACAUUUUAGUCAUUUAGCAGAUGCUCUUAUCCAGAGCGACUUACAGUUAGUGAGUGUAUACAUUUUCCAUACUGGCCCCCCGUGGGAAACGAACCCACAACCCUGGGGUUGCAAGCGCCAUGCUCUACCAACUGAGCUACAGGAGGGAUGUCUUUCUCUACCUCAGGUGCUGUGAGAGGUAGUGGUGCCCCACAGCCUAUCAGGUGGAGUCAGUCAGUGUGUUGUAGAAAUAUAGGCCACCCCACAGCAAUGAGUUAUGGUGUGCUGUGAAAUAGGUCACCACUGUCUCAGGUGGUGCUUGUCCUAACAGUAGAGGUACUAUAUGAUGCAGCUGUGUUAGUGGAGUGACUCACCAGGUGGUAGUAGUAGUAGUAGUGGGUUGAGAUUCAGGUUCAGCUGUUGUUACGUGUUUGUUUUUUUCAGGUAUUACAAGGUGCAUUAGUAGAAAUGGAAUGGGCAGAAUGGUUAUGAUUUUGUAUUAUUUAUGAUUGACUAACCUUUUAUUUUAUCAUCAGGUACAUUAAACUGGCGGGAAACACAUUCUCACACACAUUCUCAUUUACAGCAAUCUUGUUCCACAUGAAUUUUAAAAACCCUGUCACAAUUUAUUUAAUAGUCUGUCUAGUACAAACGACUUAUAAACCAUUACUGAAUAGUUUGUUAGUCAUUAGCAAACUAUUGGUAAAUCAUUAUAAACCACGUGUUCAUGUAUCUAUUAACAUAAUUAAAUGCAUGUACCUAUAUGCAUAAAUCAUGCAUUGCAAUUACUAGAACCUUUAAUCAUGUACAACUUAAUCAUACUAAUCAUGAACAGUCAGAUGUUUCAUGUAAAGAGGGUGUCCCCCCUACUCAUCCUCCAUUUCUCCAUUCUUCCUUCCAUCUUCCCCUCCGUCCCUCCAUCUCUACGGGUCAACUACCCCUCGUGUGUCGUGUCCCUAUUCGGUAGGUACUUCCACAGCCCCACAGACACUAAGGAGCUCCUUUACGACCCAGCCUCGGUCAUGAACGGGGACACACUCAAGUUCUGCCAAAAAGAGGCCUGGUGCAAGAUGUCCUUCUUCGUCCUCUCCUUCUUCUACUAUCUGUACUGGUGAGUGAGAAAUGCACAAUAUUUUUUAUUUUAUUUUUUACCCCCUUUUUCAUGGUAUCCAAUUGGUAGUUACAGUCUUGUCCCAUCGCUGCAAUUCCCGUACGGACACGGGAGAGGUGAAGGUCGAGAGUCGUGCGUCCUCCGAAACAUAACCCAACCUAGCCGCAUAGUGCCCGCUUAACCCGGAAGCCAGCCGCACCAAUGUGCCAGAGGAAACACCAUACACCUGGCGACCGAGUUAGCGUGCCACAGGAAUCGCUAGUGCGCGAUGGGACAAGAACAUCCCUGGCCAAACCCUACCCUACCCUGGACGGCGCUGGGCCAUUUGUGUGCCGCCCCUAUGGGUCUCCCGGUCGAGGACGGCUGCGACAGAGCCUGGAAUCGAACCAGGAUCUCUAGUGGCACAGCUAGCACUGCGAUGCAGUGCCUUAGACCACUGCGCCACUCGGGAGGCCAGAAAUGCACUUUUGUUGUUUGGUAAUGUGUUAGGAUACAGACAAUGGUCAUUGUUCACCUCAAAGUGAUAACAACUAUAUACAGUACAUCUAGCCUAAGUAGAGUAAAGUUGUUACUCCUCUUGUAACUUUUUCAUGUGUUUAGUACAGGCUUUACAUGCCUUUACACAGUGGUGUAAAGUACUUAAGUAAAAAUACUUUACAUUACUACUUAAGUAGUUUUUUGGGGUAUCUGUACUUUACUAUUCAUAUUUUUGACAACUUUUACUUUUACUUCACUACAUUCCUAAUGAAAAUAAUGUACUUUUUACUCCAUACAUUUUACCUGGCACCCAAAAGUACUAGUUACAUUUUGAAUACUUAGCAGGACAGGAAGAUAGUCAAAUUCACGCACUUAUCAAGAGAACAACCCUGGCAUCUCUACUGCCUCUGAUCUGAUGGACUCACUUAACACAAAUGCUUCAUUUGCAAAUGAUGUCUGAAUGUUGGAGUAUGCCCCUGGCUAUCCGGAAAUUUAAAUAAAAAAAAUUAAAAAAUGGUGCCUUCUGGUUUGCUUAAUAUAAUGAAUUUGAAAUGAUUUAUACUUUUACUUUUGAUACUUAAGUAUAUUUUAGCAAUUACAUUUACUUUUGAUACUUAAGUAUAUUUAAAACCAAAUACUUUUAGACUUUUACUCAAAUAGUAUUUUACUGGAUAACUUUCACUUUUACUUGAGUCAUUUUCUAUUAAGUUAUCUUUACUUUUACUCAAGUAUGACAAUUGGGUACUUUUUCCACUACUGCUUUUACAUGCUUUUUCCAGACAUGCUAUGUCCGUAUUGAUUUGUAUUGCUCGGUAUUAUUACUGCACUGUCAGAGCUAGAAGCACAAGCAUUUCGCUGCACUUGCGAUAACAUCUGCAAAUCUGUGUACACGACCAAUAAACUUUGAUUUUAUUUGACCAGUGUGUUUAUGCUGUAUUGGAUGUUUAAAGACUCCAAUAAUGGAAUUGUAUUGUGCCUAAACCAGCAUCUGAAUUCACAAGGACAUGAUGCCCUUUCAGUAUGCCAUGCAGCCAGCAGUGGGCCUCCUAGAUACCGGCUCUUUUUUCACAACGUCAACUUGUUUAUGUUAACAUAGCCAUACAGUAUAGUCGUGGUCAAAAAUUUUGAGAAUGACACAAAUAUUAAUUUUCACGAAGUCUGCUGCCUCAGUUUUUAUGAUGGCAAUUUGCAUAUACUCCUGAAUGUUAUGAAGAGUGAUCAGAUGAAUUGCAAUUAAUUGCAAAGUCCCUCUUUGCCAUGAAAAUGAACUUAAUCCCCAAAAAACAUUUCCACUGCAUUUCAGCCCUGCCACUAAAGGACCAGCUGACAUGUCAGUGAUUCUCUCGUUAACACAGGGGAGAGUGUUGACGAGGACAAGGCUGGAGAUCACUCUGUCAUGCUAUAGUUGAUUCAGCUGCGGGAUCUGGGCACCACCAGUGCAGAGCUUGCUCAGGAAUGGCAGCAGGCAGGUGUGAGUGCAUCUGCACGCACAGUGAGGCAAAGACUUUUGGAGGAUGGCCUGGUGUCAAGAAGGGCAGUGAGGAAGCCACUUCUCUCCAGGAAAAACAUCAGGGACAGACUGAUAUUCUGAAAAAGGUACAGGGAUUGGACUGCUGAGGACUGGGGUAAAGUCAUUUUCUCUGAUGAAUCCCCUUUCCGAUUGUUUGGGGCAUCCGGAAAAAAGCUUGUCCGGAGAAGACAAGGUGAGCGCUACCAUCAGUCCUGUGUCAUGCCAACAGUAAAGCUUCCUGAGACCAUUCAUGUGUGGGGUUGCUUCUCAGCCAAGGGAGUGGGCUCACUCACAAUUUUGCCUAAGAACACAGCCAUGAAUAAAGAAUGGUACGAACACAUCCUCCGAGAGCAACUUCUCCCAACCAUCCAAGAACAGUUUGGUGAUCAACAAUGCCUUUUCCAGCAUGAUGGAGCACCUUGCCAUAAGGCAAAAGUGAUAACUAAGUGGCUGUGGGAACAAAACAUCAACAUUUUGGGUCCAUGGCCAGGAAACUCCCCAGACCUUAAUCCCAUUGAGAAUUUGUGGUCAAUCUUCAAGAGGCGGGUGGACAAACAAAAACCCACAAAUUCUGACAAACUCCAAGCAUUGAUUAUGCAAGAAUGGGCUGCCAUCAGUCAGGAUGUGGCCCAGAAGUUAAUUGACAGCAUGCCAGGGUCUUGAAAAAGAAGGGUCAACGCUGCAAAUAUUGACACUUUGCAUAAACUUAAUGUAAUUGUCAAUAAAAGCCUUUGACACUUAUGGAAUGCUUGUAAUUAUACUUCAGUAUACCAUAGUAACAUCUGACAAAAAUAUCUAAAAACCCUGAAGCAGCAAACUUUGUGAAGACCAAUACUUGUGUCAUUCUCAAAACUUGUGACCACGACUGUACAUUACAUGGUAUAUGCUAUAGUCACAAUGUAUUGGCCCUGCAGCCCUAAGGGCAGCAACCAGGGAUUGGGGUCAAUUCCAUUUCGGUUUAGCCAAUUCAGGUAGUGAUUGGGUAAUUUUCAAUUCCCAAACUAAAACGUUUUAAUAAAAGGUUUUCAUUAAUCACUUUCAUUGACUAAAUUGAAAUGGAAUGGACCCCACAGCCCCUGGAGUACUAGUAACCUCUCACCAGAGGCACAGAGCGUCUUUAAUUGACCAAUCAGAAGUGUUGAAUGUGGUCAUGUGACUCUCCUCCUCUCGGCUGUAGCGUGUGCUGGACCGGACCUUCCUCUAGUAGUGAGUCUCUCUUCAGUGUGUUUGUCACCUCGUGAUACUGACCCCCUCACUGCCACACGGUGCCCUGUCCCCUGCACACACCACUGUACCACACCUGUGAAUCUUUCCCGCUCACUGUUCCAGCCUUGUCUGGAGAACGGGCCUCCUCAGGGAGAUAACCUUUAACCCCUAACCUCUGACCUCCGUUACUUCCGCCCGCCCUGACCUACUGGUGUUUGUCACAGGGGAGGCAGUCACUCAAGUGGAGUCCAAUAUGGAGUCCAAUAUAACGACUGGCCUCCAUUGUUUAACCUUGAUGAGUGCAUAUUCUCCUGAUGUUUAACCACUGCUAUGGAUGUUAUGUAACGUUACUGUAUAUGAAUGCUUCCCACUCUUUGUCUACUAAGUAGCACUCCUAACCCGUUCUCACCCACUUCUCCGCUUGUCUUUGGCAUGAUCUCUAACCCUCUCCUUGCACACACACACUUACACAGACUCACUCUCGCUCGCACGCACACACACACUUACUGUACACACACGCACACACACACACACAGUCUGAAGCUAUCGAGCAUCAGCUGAAUAAUGCUCUCCCACUCACAGAUUGAUGGGAAAUCAAAGAUUGACUCUGGAGGCCUAAUCCUCCCAAUUACAAUGGCCAGGUUUGCCUCGGCUCAUUAGCUCAACAGCCGUUUAAAUCGAAUGGAACAAGAAAUGACUGUAUGGCUCUGAUAAGGAAGCAGAGCUCCAUUUAAAUGUUUAUGACAAGCCCUCAGUGAGGAAUAUGCUAUAUUCGCCUGUGGAAGUCAAGCUACUGGUUGAAUUGAAACAACCUCGAUGACAGACCGAUGACAAGCUGACAGCAAGGACAUAUGUAGCAUCUCUGUCCCCUCUACCAUGAAGAGCAGUUUAGAGAUGAAAUGUGAUCUCAUUCACAUCGCAUGCCGUAAUGUAAUAUAAUGAUAUAAUGUAAUGUUAUGUUAAUGCAGUAACAGUAACCUCUUGUCAAGCUGAAUGUAGAUUCCAAGUAUGGGGCUUGUUGUUACACUGAAGGUUUUUUACAGAACCAGUAAGUGGGAGAUCCAAUAGCUAGAGAGUGUCUGUCCCACACAUUUCCUCAGCUGUUGUUCAGCUUGCUGUCUUACUGUUUGGUACAGUGUUGAAGACUAGGCUUGGUCUUCAUCAAGUGACCAGGUGAUUAAAUCAGUCGUUUUCACCUUACAGCUGAGUAAUAAUUGAGAUGUUUGUACAGUAGAAUAGGCCCAGUGAUCAUGUGAUGAGCUACGAUGAGUAGAUACAGGCUACUAACUAAUCUAGCUACAGCUCUGAGGGGUGAUGGAGCCUGGGCCUGAUGGAGGUCAUCAUCUGUCUAAGCUGCCUCUGGUUUCCCUGUGUAUGACACCUCCAGGCCACCAUACGUAUUGUGCCUCCAUUACAUUAGGAAACAUGGAUAUUGAUAACUCAGACAGACAGGUGAGCUCAGGCUUCACCACAGCAGCAGGGAUUAGUGCCUCACAGGCCAGAGGAUAGCAGAAUGAAUGCAAAUGUCUCCAUUUGGGAGUAGCUAAGUGAUCGUGAUUAGUUAAAGCAGUAAAUGUGCUAUUAUGGUACAGUUAGCUAGGAAGCUGAAUUAAUUUAGAAGAUAACAAUAAACCAUCAAAUUGUAUAUUUCAUUAGCAGUGUUGUCCGCGCUAAGACAUAGGCCUACCUCUUAAUCCGAGCCCAGUUCUUCAAAUACAUAUUACAUAUUUAAGUUUGGUUUAUCGACAAGAUUAAUCAAGCAUAACAUUACAGCGACCUCACAUCAAUUUCUUGCUUAUUUAGUUGCUUGUGUUUUGAAUAGGCAAAAUGUUUAUCCUUUCUAGUUGAGAAGCCUGUAUGCACAACAUUAAAGGGUUAUUUUAAUUGCAACUUCAAAUAAAGAAACACCAACAAAGUCAGUGAAUCUAGCAGGCACCCAGGCAUGGGCCCUAAGAAAGCCUGAUCACACUACUAAACCAUGCAUGGAUUAAUCAGUCGUUUCUUAAACACUUUAACACAACACUUGAAUACUCCUUUCUUGAAUGCUUAAUAAUUCCAGUGGACCAGUUUAUAAUGGAAUCAUUUUUGGCACUGUUGAUAGUUAUUGUUGUUGGUUUUACUGUUUGGUCCAAUCAUGUACUGUAGUCUCAGUCAUUGAUUUGUAUUCUUGUGUUUUCCCCCCUCUCUUGUCUUCCAGUAUGGUCUACUCCUUGGUAACCUCAUAACAGCAGAACUCUCAGUAUUUGAGCCAUCCUCCAGAUAUCAGAGACUGUUUUCUGGAAUUCAAACUAGCUAGCUCAAAAACCAACUUUGCAGCAAAAAAUAGCACUUUUCUGUCACAACUUUUCUGUUUCAUCAGGAGAAGGACAGUCGGUGGGUCUGGUCUGAGGGGAAAGAAAGAGUUUCAGCUCCAGUCCCCAUUUUCUCCUCAAAGUAUGUAAAGGGACAUUACUGUUUACAAUUCACUAUAGGUCAAAAGUCCAUGAUGAGUCACAGUGAGCACCAUAUUUUCUUUUGUCCGUCACUGCCCGGCUAAUGUCUGUACUCACAGCCUGUCCUGUCCUGGAGCAGUACAGUAGCAUCACCACUACCAUAGUAGGGCACACAGUAGUGUUUGCACAGUUUGUCUCAGGCACAGCACAGAGAAAAACAGCAGAGUCGUGGUUCAUCUUCACCCAUCUGCCCUUAGAGUCUCACCGAUAGUAGCUUCUUCUUCACUGGUGGGAAGGGGAGAUGACACAUCCUGUACAGAGACAUGGUGAACAUUCUGUUCAGGGACAAGGAAACCGGGUCAACGAAUGUUGCAUUUUUACCUGCUGCAAUACAAUACAUGGCCUGUGUGUUUAUAUACAUUACAUAUGUGAAUGGCUUUUGUGAUGUGUGCAUUUUGUGUAUUCUUAACAAAAGCAUUUCUAACGGAAACAUGAUCUACGAAGAAUUAUAUACAAAUGGAAUAUUGUGUGAUUCUCUGUGGUUAUAGUGUUGUUAUUUGGUAGAGAAAUUAAAGCUUGUUUUCUAGAACUAGAAAAGCAGUAAUUCUUUGCACAAUAGUGUAGGCCUAUAUAAUUUUUUGCACAAUAUUUGCAAUGUUUGGUUGUGUUUCAAUACUCUAUAGUCUACCCAAAUGAGCAAAGGUAUCACUGUUUCCAUAAUGGACCAAAUGUGGUACUUAUUAAUUUACUUAAAUUAUUCAUAGUCAUUUAAAUUGAAUUGUUAACUGCUUUCCUUCACACUUUGUCCAAAAUACUUUUCAGCAAAUAUAAGUGAAUCGCAUACCAGCCUUCACUGUAAGAUGACUGAUAUAUCAAAUUAAAGUUCUAACUGCCCUCACUCUGCCAUUACCAUUAGCUAGCAGAUGCUGCCAAUAAUGAAUCCGUGUCUGAAAACAGCUAUGGACUUCAGAGCUUUUGGCAAUGCUGUUUCAUUUCAUUGUCUUUCAGAGAAUUCAUUAUACCAAUGCUGUCAGUUUGCUGCAUAGUUCGUAAUCAUGCAUCUUUGUGCAGAAGUUUUGCAUCAUCCUCUACUCAAGGACAAGACAGGAAUGUCCACAUUGUUGUUUUGUUAUUUAAGAGCAUUUUGUAUGUUUACUGUGUAUCUGUCCACCCAAGAUGAAUUUAGAUAAUUGUUUAUGAAAUAAAGUAUGACUAUUUUAAAAUGUGACAUCAGAGGCUUUCUCUUUUUGACAUUUAAUGUGUUUAUUUUAUUUAUUUAUCUUUUCCUGUCAUGGUGUAGGUUUUUCAAAUAGCUAAAGGACUAUAACUGUCAAUGGGAAGAAAUGUUUUGGUCCGCUGAAGAAAGAAAUGUAUUUAUUCCCCUAAAGAUGUAUAUCUACAGUAUAUAUUACAGUAAACUAUAUGUUCGGUAAAGUAUAACCUAUUUAUGCACACAUUCAUUUGUUGUUUCCUAAUCUCAGCACCUAAAACCAAAUCUAUCAGCAGAGACUAGUUGUUUCCUGGUAACAAUAUUUGAUGCAGUGACACUGUCAGAGUCCUACAGUUUGCCCUACUACCACGUCUCCUGUCUCCUCCUGCUGUAUCAUGUCCACCUGUCUGCCAUCUGUAUCCGUUCCUUAAUGUGGUUACAGAGAGGUAGGAUCCCUUGUUCUUCUGGGAUGAUUUGUGUGAAGUUGCAAGGGAAACUGUGAUUCCUGCUGUUGUCAUUUGCAGUCCUUACCUGUGUGAUUAUACAACUCUGUGUGUGUGCGUGCGUGCUGGCUUGCAAAUAUGCUUUCAUGUGUACAGUGUGUGUGCAUGUGCUUUCAUGCAUGCUUUCAGAGCUGUGCCCAUGUCGCCAUGCGACGUGAGGGCGGUGACAGAUCGGUGACAGCCUGUCCUCCCACGGUGCACCUGGGCACUCUCCAGAUCACUACCACAUGCCUCAUAAUUAAACUGCACUCAGACUGCCGUUACCCUCAACGUUCCUGUCUUCUCCCUCCCCCCACAUUCCCCCCUCGCUCCCUCUCUGCUCCCCUUGGCAGCAUCUGACACUCCUCACUUAUAGCCGUGAAAUGGCAUUCAGCUCAUGUCGAACGGCUCUGGCACUCAAUCUCAAACUCUCUUAACUGAUUCUAUGCCCCCACUCCGAAGACGCCCCUUACCCACCUACAGAGAUAACUGUGUUGUACAGUAGAUGUGAUGUACUGUAUGUGCUAAGAGCCUCUGUACAGGACAUCUAAUUUUUUAUCUUUUCAUUUUAGAGAGUGAUCAGGUGACUGAGAUGUUAAUGUCAUGUCUUGCUACUCCGUAGUGUCUCACCACCUCCCUCAGCAGUGAGUGACAGAUUCCAGAUCCCAGCUUUUCUCUAAAGCCUUAUGACGUCUGGAUUUCCGUUUUCUACCUACACAGCCAGUCUGACCUAAAAAUACCCCCUAAGUCUAAAGCCAACAGAAUGCUUUUUUCCUAGUAAGGUGAAUUAUAGUUUUUCCUCCCUCCAUCCUGCACUUUUCUGCUUCCGUUGCACUUCCCUCGGCGUUGGUCACUGUCCUCUCCUGUGAUAACCUUAUCCUUAGACUGGAGAAUGUUGCUAAGCAUUAUGGGCCUUGACGUGUGUGGUUGUGACCCCCACCACAGCAGACGGGCAACCUGUCAGACUCCUGGCUGUUUCAGAUGCCCAUCCUGUCAGCUCGCAUUACCCAGCAGCCACUGGGAGAGAGGAUUUCACCUGCCUGUUCCUUCCACUCCCUCUAUCCCUGGAUCUGA